AUGUCCGGUCCACCGAAUAUCAAUAAUAACCAGCUACCACCAUCCAGUAGCGGUGGUGGUGGUGGUGGUGGUGUCGGUGGACCAGGUAGUGGUAGAGGGUGGCUACGAACCCCACCAGCGACGUAUUUCCGGUCACCCUCACCGUGGGUACCACCUGGAUCGGCUCCUCCAAGGCAAAACUCUCCCCUCACGGUGCCACGUCCAGCUGACGCACCCGUCACCGCCCGUGGACCGAGCGAGUUUGUUUACCAACAUCCGAGCAGCUCCGGUGCCUUCGGAGGACCGUCCUACCCUGCACAGCAGUACGCGGGCGAUCGUACCAUGCCUUCAACAUCCACCUUCCGUGCAACGACAGCGACGACGGCAACUGCGACUUCCUCACAGGAGUUCCAGUUCCAACGUCCGAUCCCGUCGGCCAUGACACCGACUCACUUUGUGGGCACGUCGACCCACUAUCGGCCAGUCUCACCUGCGGCCGUAGCGCCGCAACCGUACCCACAGUUCAGUUCGACCAUGUCCCCGGUUUCGUCCCUUCAUCGAUCAAUGACGCCGCAUAGCGUUACCAGCAGCUACGGGCCGGUAGAUUACCAUCAGCAGCAGGUGCGUCCGGGUUCUACCCAAAGUUCGGUUUACGGUGGUGUGACUUAUCAUUACGGUCCCGCUGCUGGACCCGGUCACCCUCAAGCACCAUUAGCCGGACAGUCCCAGUACGUGAUCUAUGAUUAUGGUGGCGAAAUGGGACCCUCGACCGCGGAAAUUAUUGCCGCACAAUCGCAGGACUACGUCGACGAGAAGCUGGCCGAAUAUCAAGCUACCAUCAUGCUUCUACAAGAUGAACAAGAACGUGUACAGAAGAAAACUUUCGUAAACUGGAUUAAUUCAUUUUUAAACAAGCGCGUACCACCAUUGAAGGUCGAAGACUUGAUCCAUGACCUUAAGGAUGGCACGAAACUGUUGGCCUUAUUGGAGGUACUCUCCGGCGAGAAGUUACCGAUGGAAAAGGGAAAAGUCUUGCGUCGACCCCACUUUCUGAGCAACGUAAACACCGCACUACAGUUCCUUACCAGCAAACGCAUCAAGCUAGUCAACAUCAACCCGUCGGACAUUGUCGACGGACGUCCGGCUGUGGUUCUAGGUUUAAUCUGGACAAUUAUUCUGUACUUCCAAAUCGAAGAGAACAGCCGCAUUCUACACUAUCUGAACGAAAAUCUUAGCGGUUCGCUGAGUUCGCUGGGUAGCAGCAGUUCCGCAUCGAACAUACCCGGCUUGAGCAGCAGCAAACCGGUAACGUAUACUGGUACGGCCUCCGUUGCCACAAGCAGCAAGGAAAUGAUGAAACAGGGCCCCAAGAAGACACUCCUUACGUGGGUGAAUAGUGCCUUGCCAAAAUCCACGGGCUUUGAAGUCCGUGACUUUGGAGCAAGUUGGCGCGAUGGUAUUGCGUUCUUGUCGCUGAUUGAUGCGAUAAAAACGAACGUAAUCAACAUUGCAGAGAUGAAGAAGUACAACAACCGUUACCGUCUGGACACAGCGUUCAAUGUGGCUGAAUCGGAGCUGGGUAUCGCUAGACUUUUGGACGCGGAAGAUGUGGACGUCAAUAGUCCGGACGAGAAGAGUAUAAUGACAUACGUCGCACAAUUUCUACACAAAUACCCCGAUGUGAAGAACAUUAAUUCAAAGAGUGACAGCGAACGCGAACUGCUGGAACUCUUGGAUUGGCUUCGCCGGACGGUACGAUACUACGAUGGAAUGCAUGGCAAAUAUCCCAACAACUACCCAAUGUAUGAGAGUGUGAACGGUGAAAAGUUGGAGAAGCAAAACAUAUACAAAAAGGUGAAGAGCAUUAAUGCUGCGAAGAUGACACCGGAAGUCCAAGAGCUGAACAGUCUCUGGAACCAACUGGAGCGUCACAUGCAGCAAUGGCUGUGGUACCUAGACAGCAGUCUUCCAGAGCAGUUCGGGGCGAUUGGACGAUGGCUAAGCAAUGGUGAAAAGCUGUUGAAUGACGACGAUAUACCGAGCAACAUGAAUGAGGAGACGGCUUCACUGAUUAGUAAGAAGCUCGAGGCGCACAAGCAAUUCUUUGCUUCGUACUACGAGGUACGCGAGACGUUCAACACCGUGAAGUUGACGCCUUUAGCGAAAAAGGUACCACUUGGACAGUUGCAAAACAUGGAGAAGAGACUGCUGGACAUAGAACCAUGCGCUAGACAACGACGCAUUAAGUUGAAGUAUCUGGAGCACAAGUGCUGCCUGAUUGCGUUCCUGAACCUGCUCGAGAACAAGAUUAAUGGUGUGAAGUACAAUAAUGAGGACACGGUGAAGCAGUCGCUGGAUCAUCUGAAAAACUUUGUCACCCGCAACCAAAUUAUGCAAGAGUUUGAGAAAGCGCUGAUUGAUAUGCGUCAGGUGAUUGAGGAGUACAAGAUCGAUGGCAACAUUACGAAGAAGGAGAUGUACAAUAUCGAUGUGUUUUUGCACGAGAUUGAGGAUCGCUGGAAGAACGUAUCGUCGCGAUUGAUUUGUACCGAAACGAUGCUCGAAGAUGUACUGUCCCACUGGCAGCGUUGGCGAUCGUUGGUGCAUGAGAUCGAGACAUGGUUGAUGCAAGCGCACGACGCACUGCAAGGCUCAGAAGACGAACGUAUCGAGUUCUUCCAGAACAUCAACGUGUACAAGGAAAAGUUUGACGCACUGACGGACACGUUCAACAUUUUGAAAUCGACGUGCGAUCAAGAAACGAGCAUCGGGCUGGAAAGAAAGUACAAUCAGCUGGCGGCACACUGGGAGCAAGUGUUCCAGCACACCAAGCAGUACUUACACGUGGGUGAUAUUCUGCAGCAUCGUCAGAAGUUCAAGGCAGACGCAGCACAGCUCAACGAAUGGAUUCAACGCACCGAUACGGCCCUCGGUCGCAACAACUUGCGGGAUUCGGUCGAGAUCCGGCGGUGUGAAACGGAAAUAAAGCAAAUUGCUUGUGAGAUCGAAGCAAUGGAGGAGCUGUUCAAGUCGAUCAGCCGUAGCUUCCAGGCACUCAUCAAAGAAUACUCGCGGGACGAAGUGGACCGUAUGAUGGCUAUGAUGAAGAAGCAGAAGGAAGCAUUGGUGCGUGUGCGUGCACAGAUACCUAUCAAGUUGCAUCUGUUCCAUCAGCUACUCACCCAGCAGGAAGCGCUCGAGAGUGGUCAGCGGGAAAUUUCCCAGUGGCUGGACGAGGCUGAGAAUCUGCUGAUAUCCUACUCGUUCAACAACGAUCCGCAGCAGACGAAAAACAAUCUGGCAAAACAUAAAGCGUUCUUCAAUCGUACGCUCUACUACAAAUCGAUGUUGGAAAGCAAGAACAACGUGUUCCAAAAUUUGCUCAAACUCACCGAUACGGACAGUAGCGUCGAUAUGAGCGAUGCGGCUACCAAGAUGAAGCAACUGAACGAUCGUUUUAGCUAUGUAAUUAACAAUGCGAACGAUUGGGAGUACAAGCUGCAGGAAAAUCUGCGUGUUUGGGAAAACUUCAACGAAAGCAAACAGAAGGUGGAAACGUUCCUGCGUCAAGCAGAAGCUUUCCAGAAGUCUGCUAUACCGGUCGAAAAGGAAGCCGAUGCUGAAACGCAACUGGAGUUCUUCAAUUCUGCCGACCAGACGAGCAUCAACAAGUUGGAGCGUAAUACGGAGGAUCUGUUGAAGUAUUUGCCUCCUUCGGAGCAGCAAAUACUGAUCGCCAAGGUGGAAGACAUUCAGCGCCAGUGGAGUGAGGUAAUCCAACAAAUUCCACUUCACCUCCUGAAGGUUGAGUUCCGUUUGAAUGAGCUCACGUUCAACGGGUGUGCGAAUGACAUCGAGAAAGAGCUGAACGCGGAAGAGCAAGCGUUCAAUUGCAACGAGAACUUUGAAGCCAUUUUGCAGCGCAACUUGGACUAUUUCAAGAACACAGAUCUUCAGCGUGUGGAACAGGUGUUGGGAAAUAUGGAGAAGAUCAACUACAUUUACCUCGAGAAGUCAGCGAGCGAUCAAGCGUUAGCACCACUGUACCAGCGUGCGAAUGACAGUUGGAUCGCCAUCUGCAAACGUAUCGAAAGUGUUCGCAACAUUUUGCACAAAAUCCCGGCGCAGUGGGAUGCUUACCAUGCAAAGUUUAAUGAGAUGAACGCAUGGAUGGACCGGGUGGACGAAUCAUUGCGACAAAUCAUGGUGGAGAAACAGACGAUGGAAGAGUUCGAGCAGGAAAAGGCUACUUUCCAGAACAUCUGUUUCGAAGCCGACGCAAAGCGAGAAGAUAUGAAGUGGUUGGUGAAGACACUGGACUUCUUGCUGAGCCACACCAAUGAAGAGCAAGCAACGAUCGAACAGGAGAAGAUCGAAAAACUGAUAGCCCGUUACAAAACGCUCAUACCAACGAUCGAAACAACGAUGACCAAGACGGAGGUGUUCGCUAAGUGUUACACAUACCGCCGAGAAGCACAGGAAAUAUGCGACCUGUUGGAUCGUAUCAAAUCGCAGGCCCGAAGUGUGCCACCGCCGGAGAGCUACAAGCGUGUGAACGAAAUGAUCGAAGAACAGCAGUACUCGAUCAAGGAGCUGGACAAUCAGCGUGCCCACAUAAUGAAGAUGCUGCAGAGAGGUAAGGAUCUAAGCAAGAACCCAAGUGCACCGCAGUUCAUUGCUGGUGAGAUUCGCAAGCUUGAAUCCGGUUGGAACGAUACGUACAAUGAGGCGGCUGAAAAGGUUCGUGCGUUGAAAGCCAUCCAGAAAGUUUGGAGCGACUAUAACGAACAGAAGGGGCAGAUAGUUGGUUUGCUAAACACGGCAGAGAUGGAGCUACGUUCGGUGACGCCUUUGCAAACCGAUCCGAAGAGUGUAACGCAAGAUUUAGACAUGAAGCGACAACUGGCACUGAACCUAAAGCAAGCGUCUUCCAAGUCUUUGCUACAGCUGAAUGAUCUUUGCCGUGAUCUGGGAAUGUCACUGCCACCGACUACCCGGCAGGUGAUUGAAAAGGAAGUGAGCGAUCUCGGCAAGCGUGUGGACAAUACGGUCGAUUAUGUCGAAAAGCGUGUCGUUUACCUCGAAGAUUACAGUGACAAAUGGAACGAAUACAAGCAGCGACUUGAUAGCCUGAAAAGCUGGGCGAACAACGUCUAUCCGAAGAUGGUAGCCGCUAUUAAACAACCGCAGAUCAGUGCCGAAGAUCGUGUGCUCAAGACGAAACAGCUCGAAGGUGUACUUGGCGAAAAGAUCCGUCAGCUGGAUGUGUUGAACGCGAGUGCUGCUGAUCUUGCAUCGAAGGAAGGCAAUCUGAGUGAAAUGAAACGUUUGAAGGCGGAGGUUGUUCACCUGCAGGGAACAUUUACGGAGUUACACCGGAUGGUUGACAGCGAGAAGGCACUCGUGGGCGAGGAUUUCGAAACGUGGAAGAGUUACAAUCGCGAUAUGGACAGUCUGAAAGAGUGGGUUGAGCGAGCCAAACUGGCCCCGGAAUUGGAGCAAAUCAGACCUUCGACCUUGCCGGAAGCACGCGCUUAUCAGGGACGCCUGGAAACGUUCAACGAGCAGUGCGAAGGCAAGAUGGACGAGUUGCAGAAUGCAAUAAAGAACUCACAAAACAUACGGUACGGUGUGAAACCAUCGGAAGAAACGGAUAGGUACUACAUGAUUGUGUCAAGCAUCUACGAAAACGUGCAGCAUCUGUUGAAUAAAACGGGAAAACUGGUAACGAACUGGGCGAUACUGGACGGUGAUCUGGAGAAGCUGAACAACUUCAUUGAACGGGCUGAAGCGAGGAUGGGCGAAUUUGGCACUGUGCAAGGACCAGCCGCUGCACUUCCGAUCGACCUGUUGGAAACGAAGAUCAAGUCACUGAAGCUGUUUAGCAAUGAAAUUUCAGAACAGCAGGCCAAGCUGAUCGCGUUGGUUCACAUGUUCGAUCAGAUCAAUCAUAGUCUCUCGGAGGAUGGUGUGAACGGUGUGCGGGACAAAUUGAAGUCCGCAAAAGACCGACUGUCGAAGCUAAGUGAUGACGCACGAGCCCGUAUUAAUGCUAACUACGAAAGCAUUGUAGAGCAACAGAACUUUAACGCCCAGAUGACUGACUUCAGCAACUGGAUGGACCAGAUUCGAACCAGUAUUAGCGAGCUGGAGAAUACAGCCGUAGAUGAAAUCGAGCUGGCCGUGCAGAAUGUACAGUACCUGGUACAGCAGCAUGCCGAUAAGCGCGACACGUUCAAUCAGAUCUACGCACAGGUUAAGCAACAGAGCCUGUCGAACAAUCCGAUGGAGAACAAGCUUCUGAAUGAAACGUACAGUUCGUUGGCCAGUAAUUACCAAAACCUGGAGUCGAGUCUUCUGCAGAUGAAAGACUUCCUUCAAAAAUGGGUCGAGUUUUUGCAGUGGCACAACACUACCAAAGACCAGCUGGCGUAUUUGCGCGAGAGCAUGAUAAGGUACGAUGUAUCCAGUGAGGAUCAGCUGAACGAUGCUAAUCGUCGCAUUAGCGACGUGGGUGUCGGAAUAGAAAACUGGCGUCGUUUAUCGAUUGCAAUGGAGCAAGAACCGUGCAUAUCGUUCCACGAUAAAUCUCACAAGCCAGUUAGUGCGAUUAAUAUGAUUGCAGACUUGGAUCAUAAGUUGGUUAGCAUAAGAUCACAGGUCGAUGGCAAGCUGAAGGAGGUAGAAAAUACCAAAGAUCGUGUUAACAAGUUCCAGAAGACACAGAAAGAUCUUACGGAUUCGCUUCAGAGCAUCGAGGAAAAGUUAAAAGGUAUCAUUCAAGCCGCACGAUUGUCAACCUUGGACGAUGGAAUGGAGGAUCUUUCGACUUUGAAUGAAAAGAUAAGCGAGCUGUGUAGCGCAAAGGCCCAAGUACAGUACGAGGGCAACCUGUUGCUGAAGCAGGACGUCGUUGACACUGGCAUGGAGAUUCAGGAGGAGCUUGGUAAGCUCGAUAAAAAGGUUUCGGAUUUGCAGCAAGAGUCUGAUGAAACUUUGCGCGUUUUUUCGGGAACGAGCGAUUUGUAUGCCGAUUUCAACAAGUACAAUAUGAGUUUUGCCAACGAACUGAAGCAAAUUGAGGCUCUUAACAAUGGGACUGUGCUGAACUUUGAUAACAAACCCGCAUUGCAGCAGGCACUCGAUCAGCUGAAGAAAGCCUCCGAAACGAUGAUGAAGAAGGUGAAGCGAAGUCUGGAUGUAGUAGCGGCCAAGGGCAAUGAGCUUGCAAAAACGUUCCGCGGUUACAAUCCGCAGGAUUGUGACAACAUACUCGAUAUUAUCCGACACAAUAAUGACCUUUUCAAGGCAAAUCUGGAACGCUUAAUUGACAAUUCGAGUGUACUCGAUCAGAAGGUUGCGUUGUACAAGCAGGCGGAUGAGUUGUACCAGGAUCUAGACGAAUGGUUGCAGUCGAAACGCGACCAACUGUCGCGCGUGCUUGAGAACCCGGGUGAGAUCGAGAGCAAAAUUGUGACAUAUCGUGCGGAACUGCCAGCACAACAAGCGUUCAAAGAAAAUCUGGAUGGAUUGCUGCAGGAGUAUAAGAAAAUGAACGGAGGUAGUUUGCCGAAGGAUCUGCAUGCAAUGUCAGUACAACUGGAUGAUGCUUUCAGUGCCAUCGAGGAUACGGUGAAUCGGUUGAAUAAUCGAAUGUCUGAGUAUACUGCCGAUGAGCGACAGUUGAAGCUCUCCAUUAAAGGUAUUAUUGAGCGUAUUUAUAGCAUACGCGAGGAGAUCGUUGGCUGUGACGAUAUGACGCUGGACAGUGGCAAACAGCUGCUGCAUCUUGCCGGAUGUCGUGAGCUGCGUCGCAAGUUAAACCUUGUUGGAGAGGAAAUCACGGAACUGAAGAACGAAUUCGCAUCGAUGGAAGCAAAGUACGAUCAAGGUAUCAAGGAAGCGUCUACCGUGUCUAAAGAGAUCCAAAACCUCGAUCAACGUUUCGGGUUGGUAAUGAACAGUUUGAACGAAGUAGAGACCAAAUUGACGAAGGGUGUGGAGAAAUCGUUUAAGGAUAAGCUGGGUGCUUUGACUAGAAUGAUCGGGGCGCAGAGUGAAAAGUUGAACUGGUGUGCACCGGAACCUACGAGCGAUAAGUAUCAGUUGGAGGUGAAGCGAACCACGCUGAACGAUGUGCGCACAAGCAUUGAGGAUUGCGAGCGUAUCCUUGGAGAGGUGGAAAGAUCGCUUACUGGAGCAGUGGCUGAAUUGUUCUCUCCGUCAAAGGUUAGCAAUAUGACCGAUGAGACGAAGGAAGUGGGCAAACAGCUCGUGGUAUUGAAGCGUGCCUUCGAAGAGACCGAGAAGCAAUUGACCGAUAACAUUGCGCUGUGGCUGAGCUAUGAGUCUAUCUCCGAAGAAGUUAUUCAUUUCCUGAAGGAUCUGGAAGCGAAAAAUCGUAUGGAAACGGUGCUUUUGAUCGAUUUAGCUAAUCUUGGUGAAAAAUCAAAGGAAGUGAGUCAAGCACGCGCGACGCUGGAAGAGUUCAGAGUGAAAAUGGACCAACUGCAGUCCGUUGGAAAUCAACUGAACGAAGUCAAUCAGGAAUCCCGAGCACUAGUGCUGGUUCAUCAUCUGCAAAAUAAGUAUCAAACAUUCAGCAAGUACUUUAUCCAGCUGCUCGAUCGUUUGGAAGAUGUACGUUUGAAGGAUGCUCAGUUCCGUGAGGCGGUGGAUAAGAUACGCCAUUGGCUGCGGGAAAUGCAAACCAAAAAGCAUGCUCAAAAUCUCGGUGCGGAUGCACAAGUACAGGCCCUUUCCGAUCGAGAAUACGAAGCAGCUAAGGCUUUGAGAGCUGAAAUUCUUUCGAAGGAUAGCGCUCUUAAUGAAACGUGCUCCUUAGGUGAAAACCUGUACGCCGAGGUGAGUGUCGAUUGUCGCGAAGGAAUACGUGAUGAGAUGAAGCGUUUGCGCAGCGAUUACAACGCGCUGCUGGAGGAGGUAAAUGGUGGUAUAAAACGGAUUGAGUCCGAUUUGAUCAAGAAAAAAUCGAUCGAUGAAAGUCAUAACCAGCUCAACAACUGGCUGGCGGAACUUCGGGGUAAGAUAACUUCUGGGUUGACCGAUCGCUAUGCAACGCUGCCGGAGAAGAAGAGCGCACUGUACAGUGGUAAGAAUAUGCAGAAGGACAUCACUGUACACGAAACAAAUCUGGACCAGAUUCAGAAGAAGGUGAUGGCUUUACCGGAUAAAAGUUCACUGGGACAGAUCGAAGAAACACGCCAGAACUAUGGUGCCCUUCGUGAGGAACUCGAUCGUAAGAUUGCGCUGCUAGAGCAGGCAAUCAAGUCGCACGAGCAAUACAAUGCGAUGCUGGAAAAAUCACGUGACUGGUUGUUGAAGCUACAAUCUCAAACGGAAGAUAUGUUCAAUGAUGGCGAUCUUACGAAGGCGAAACUAGAGGAAUAUCUGAUUUUGGUCGACACGGUACUAACGGAGGAGGAAGCUGCUCUGGAUGAUGUGAAUGAAUGUUACAAGCAGUUCGCCGUUGUGAUGGCACAAACACACGAGAACGGACAUUCGGAGUUGUUGCGUGCGUUUGAAGAAAACAAGCGCCAGUGGACCACCUUUUUCGACAAGUGUCGUGCGUUCAAGGCUCGAUCGACGGAGUCCCUGAAACAACUGGACGCGUUCAAUGCACGGUUGGAAGGAGCCUUGGGAUGGUUAGCAGGCAAAAAGGGUGAAAUCAAAGACACCACCGCACAAGGCCCGUUGGACACUAAGCAACAGUGUUUGGAGUCGUUGAAGAAAUUACGUGACGAUAUCCAAAGCUAUGGUGUUACUGUGAGUGGUAUUCUGGAAGAAAGCCAUCAGGUGAAAUCGAAGUUCGAUGUGAGUGGUAAGGUGGCGCAGCUGCAAAACGAAUACCGUGUUGUUGCAGGACUGUGUGCGGAUGCCAUUGCAAAGGCGGAAUCUACUUUGCACGAUCAAAGUGACUUCAAUCAGGCGUAUGAUGAGUUCGAACGGCUAUUGCGCAAGAAUCUGGAGGGGUUGGAAGAGUUCCGCGUGCUGGUUGGCGAUCUGAGUGUGUUGCAGGAACGGCAGUUGCGUCUGAAAGAGAUCGCUUACAAACGGCUGGAUGAUAGCAGUCCUUACGAAGAUCUAAUCAAUCGUGGUGAGAAACUGUACUCUUAUACAAGCCCCGAAGGUCGAGAGCUGAUUCGACAGAAGCUUGGAGCGAUACGGGAUCUAUGGGACCGAUUCUCGGACGAGCUGAAUGCAGUAACUCAGCGUCUGGAUCAGUGCAUUCUUCAGUUUGGAGAGUUUUCAUUGCAACAGGAACAACUUUCAAAAUGGUUGAAGGAUAUUGAGAAAUCGAUGGAGGUUAAUGCAGAGCUGAAGGCAAACAUACAGGACAAGCGUACGCAGUACCAGAAUCAUAAGCUCAUGCAUCAGGAGAUACUGUCCCAGGUGGGGCUGGUUGAAUCUGUUUGUGCAAAGGCGCAGCAGCUGCUUACGCUGACGAAGGAUCAACACUUGCAGAGCUGUGUAGUGUCGAUAAAGGAUACAUAUCAAGGAAUCGUGCGCAAAUCCGGCGAGCUAUUAGACAACCUGAACGCUUGCGUACAAGUGCAUCAAAACUAUGUAAGUGCAUGUAGCAAACUGCGCAGCUGGAUCAACGAAGAAAAAGAUAAGGUGUUCUGUUGCGAGGAAACGGGUGGUGAAAAGAAUGAAAUCAACAAACGCAUCGAAGCUCUCAGCAAUCUGAAACUCGGCAAACCGAAGGGUGAUGAACUGCUGAACGCUCUGGUACAGUGCUUUGAGGCAAUGAAGGAAAGUACGUCUGCCGCGGGUAUUAGUAUGGUAGAGCGCGAGAUUGGUGAGCUACGUAAUGACCUGGCAAGUUUGUAUGGGCAGAUUGACGAAUUGAUUGGUAACCAGCGCAAAUCUCUUAGCGGUUGGAGCCAGUUCGAUCAAGAUUUGGAUGCACUUACGAAGUGGUGUCGCUCUAUGGAAGGAAUUUUCCGCGAGCAGCAGCUAUACGAUUCGCUUGAACGCAAACAGCAGCAACUGGAGGUGUUCCGCAAAAAUCAAGAAGCAAUAAGUGAGAAGCAGAAACAGAUCGAUGAUUUUGUAACCAUGGCCCAGGCGCUCUUUACGAAGACUGGUGUGGAGAAAAUAAAGUUCUACAUAAACCAGCUGAUCAAUCGCUACCAGCUGUUGCAAGUGCUGAGCAAGGAAGUUGCUAACCGUGCCCAAAAUAUCGUCAACGACCACAAAAACUACCACGAACGGUACACCGAAUGUGCAGCUCGCCUGCAGGAGGUUGAAAAGGAUCUGGAAGCAUUAGGUCAUGAGAAGCUGGGGGCAGCCAACCAGUCGAAACUGCAGCAGUUGGAGAUUGAGAAGGAGAGGUUUGAGAAUAAUCUUACCAGCUUGGUAACGGCAAGCGAAAAAGUGUUGCCCGAAACAAACACCCAAGGGCGUGAGAAGAUCCGCGAGGAAGUGCGUCAGUUGAAGGAUCGGUGGGACCAGAUCAUUGCUGGGUUGAAUAAUCUGAAGAAACAACUGGACGUCCGUUCGAUCCAGUGGUCAUCCUAUCAGGACAUAUUGCAACAGGUGUUGAACUGGUUGGAUGCUACCGAGCGCAAGAUUGAACCUAACGAAUCGCAAAGCUGGAAUUCCACGCAAGAGAUCCGCUCGAAGCUGUUCAAGUACAAAGCUAUUCUGCAGGAAAUCAGUGGUCAUCGACGUAUCAUCGAUUCGUUGAAAGAGAAAGCAGAUUCGCUCGUUACGGAUGUACAGAACGAAGAUAUCAAUGCGAAGGUCCAGUCCAUAACGGAACGGUACGAGUUGCUGAAAAAGUCUUGCAGUGAUUUGAUACGCCGACUGGAACAAUCGCUGGAGCUGUGCAAUAAGUUUAACGAAUUGCAAAAAUCCUUGCUCGACGAGCAGGACUAUCUGUUCGGUGAGCUUAAGCAGCUGUCAGAUGUGUCCGGUAAUAAGCGAGCCGUGCAGGAAAAGGUACAAAAGAUCGACGAUUUGCAGCAAGCAAAUGGAAAGAUGGAGGAAAAGUUCAAGAAUCUCGCCAAACUUAUAUCCGACAAUGGGGAUCUGAUAUCGUACGGUGCGAAAACUGUAAUGGAGCAAGAUCUGCUUAAGAUGAAGGGAGACUUUGAAAAGUUUGUCGCAUCGAUUCGAGACGCUCGCGUGGAGUUGCAGAAGCGAAUGCAGCUGUGGGACGAUUAUCAGCGUGAUCUCGAUCAGAUCGGAGCAUUUUUGGCCGAGGUGGAAGACACGAUGCGUGGCUAUACGCUGAAGAACAGCUUGAACGAGAAGCAGGAACAGCAUGAGUAUUACCAGGCAUUGUUGGGACGCUUGAAACAAAAUGCACUUGAGUUCGAUAAGCUGCUGGACAAAUCUUCGGAGUUGCUGCAGAGCAGUGGCGAUACGAAGAUAUCAUUCAACAUGCAACAGUUGAAAUCUCGCGCACAGUCUGUAGAGAGUACGGUGAAGGAGUUGGCUAAGAAGUGCGAAAGUGCCUACAACGACCACAAACAGUACCAUAAGCGAUACGAUGAGUGUGAUAAAGAGCUGGAUGAGAUUCGAGAUGUGUUUGACGGAUGCCGUAUGCAGCAUGCUCAAAGCAUACAGAGCUCAAGUCAACAGCCGGAUCCACAAGCCGUACUUGGCACGAUUCAAACGCUGCUUGCAAAGCACAACGUGGUAACAGUGCAGUGCAACGCGGUGUCCGACAGUGGAGAGCAACUGUACUCUACCACAGCUUCCAAGGGCCAACAGAUGAUACGAAGCGAAAUCCAAGAGCUGACCGCAAAGUGUGAACGUUUGUUUGACGAAGUCAAUGAGUAUGCUCGUUCGUAUGAGGGUCGUUUGGCAAAGCUGUCUGGAUUUAUGGAGAAAGCCGAUCAGCUGCAGGAGUGGCUCAAUAAUGUGGAGGGUCAGCUGGGUCGUGGCAGUCUCAUACUGAAGCCAACACUGGAUGAAAAGUGUGCUCAGCAGCAGGCCUAUGCAGAGUUGUUGAAUGAUAUUAAAAACCACCGACCUGAGCUGAAUAAUGUGCGUGAUCUGGUUGACAACAUGCAGGAACGCCAUCCAAGCAUUGAACGGCGCAUGGCUGAGCUGGCCAGCAAGUAUGAAGAAUGUUUGGAAAAGGCACAAAGUUACGGCGAUCAGUACGAUCGUAUCGUACAUAACCACCGACAGUACUGUAAGGCCGUAAUGGAAACGCAAGACUUUAUCGAUGCGAAUCACAAUACGGUGGAGCUGUGGGGUGAAACCGACCUGGAUCAAGUAUCGCUAAUGACCAAUGUGGAUCGUUUGACGGAGCUGAAGAAAUCCAUCGUGGCAGAACAGAAUCGUGUCGAGCAGAUACGCACACUGGGUGAAGCUACCAUUCCCGAUACGAGUGAUGAGGGACAGGCCAACAUACGCUCGCAGAUUGAUAUUUCGCAGCAGGAGUGGGAAGGUUUGCUGGCCGCCAUUGAUACCACGAUGGAGGGUAUUCGCGGUAAAAUGACGGAAUGGAGCGAUUACGAGAAGAUACGUACGGACUGUAUGAACUGGAUGCGUGAUAUCGAUGCGAAGAUUCACUCGGUUGACCUGAAAGCGACUCUGAUCGAUAAAAAAGCCACCUUGGAUUACCUGAAGAGCUUACAGGGCGAGGUAAAGGCGAAGGAGCUAGAAAUUGACAACUUUACCGAGAAGGCUCAACAGCUGUAUCGUGGUUAUUUGAGUAGUCGCAAUUCUCAAAUAUCUGAACUGGCAGUGAAGUAUCAGCAAACAGCCAGUCGUAUCAAGGAACUGGUUGGUCGUUGGCAACAGUACGUUAUUCAACACCAAGAGCUGGAGACUCGCAUUGGUGAGCACCGCGACUGGUUGAACAGUGUGCGCGAAAAGUUGAACUACUGUGCUGAUCUUUCGAGCACCUCGGAAAAAGAACUGCAAAGCAAGCUGAAACUCGUUCAGGACAUGAUUGUAAACAAAGAAGACGGUUCCGCACGUUUGCAGACGAUCGUGGAUCUUGCACAGCAGGUGCUUGCCUGUACCACGCCUUCCGGACACGAAGCGGUGAACAAGGCUGUAGCAGCAUUGCAAGAAGAAUGGUCUUCGCUGACGUUACGCAUGAUCGACAUCCGUGCGAACUUAGAUGAAGCUAUUAACCAGUGGUCUGGCUUUUUGGAUCAGGUUAACGAUCUAAAGCGAAAUAUCGAUUGGAUGGAGAACGAGCUGAGUGGGUUCAUCGAGUUCCAGGCAACUAUGGCAGACAAGCGGGCCCAGUUAGAGAGAAUCAAGAAUACUGAGGAGAAAAUCCGCCUCGAGAAGAUUGAGAUCGAGCCAUUGAAGCAUAAAACUGCUGAGAUGGCAGCUUCUGGUCAGCAGUCACAGGCAGCAGCAACGGCACAGCAGAUUCUGAGCAAGUUUGACUAUUUGGCCGAAAAGAUAAGCAAGAUAUUAACCGAUCGCGAGGAUCAGUACCGUGAUCACCGGCUGUACAAAGAAGCUUACGAUGAUCUGUUCAACUGGAUCAGUCGUGCGAGGGAGAAGCUGCCUUGCGUGAAACAACAAUCGCUGAGUGAUAAGCUGACGAUGGACAGUGCAAUUGCUCCGCUGGAUGCGCUAAUGAACAAGAAAGCACAAGGUGAGUUGUUGGUGGAACAUUUAGUUCACACCGGCGAGGUGGUAAUGGCAUCAACGUCCGAGAAAGGCAAGGAAGCGAUUCGUAGCGACAUUAACGGACUGAAGGCGAACUUCGAGUCACUGUUUGGUGACAUAGACAAGCAGAAGCGAGAUCUAGAGAAGACGCUUAAUUUGCUGCGCGAGUACAAGGAAGAGUACGAACGUUUGUCCGAAUGGUUGCAGCAGGUGGAUAUUUUGGUGAAAAACCAUAAGCUUGCCAUGUGCUCGAACUUGGGAGAAAAGGAAAAGCAAGUACGCGAGAUGCGCGAGCUCAUCGGUAAGCUUGAGAAGGGACAGGUGGAGAUGGAUAAGUUCAACGCAUUCGCGGCACCACUCCUUCAAUCCCAUCUGGACACAUACAUCGGUAAUCAGUUGCGUCAUCUGAACUCACGCUACCAGGUGCAGGUAAAUCUGGCAAAGGAUGUGCUAAAGAAGGUUGAAACCAACCAUGAUCUGCACCGUGAAUAUAAGGAUAAUCUGACCAAGGCAAACAGUUGGAUUGAGAAUGCCAAGGAAAUUGUACGCUACUCGACUGAAAAUGUAGACAGUGUGAGCAAGGACAAUCUGGAGAAACGGUUGGAAAAGAUAGUGGAGCUUAUACAGCAGCGAGAACAAGGCCAACAUUUAGUCAACGCUACUGUCAACACUGGAGAGAAGGUUGUGAAGAGUACGAAAUCUGAUGGCAAGGAAGUGAUAAACGGUGAGAUUAAGGAUAUCCAAACCAACUGGGAUCGAUUGGUCAAGCGUAUGUCCACGGCUAAAGUACAACUCGAAACAAAUCUUCUGCAGUGGGCAGAUUACAGCUCUAGCUACAAUCAUCUGCAGCAGUGGAUCCAAGAUCGCGAAAGCAAACUCCAACAAGUGUGCGAACAAAAGGUAGUACGCUUCCGUCUGGGAGGUACAUCUAGCAGCUUGAGCAGUGGUUUGAAUGAACGUCGAGCAAAUCUGCGUCAAGCGAACGAUAUUGUGCAGGAUAUUGUGAGCUUCGAGCCGAUGAUUCAGUCUGUAGCAAGUAAAGCGUCGGAUCUGCGUCAAACAUCACCCGCCUCGGAGAUAUCGAACAAAUACGAAACGCUCAGCAAGCAGGCGAAGGAACUGUUUGAGAAGCAAAAGGAAACAGUCGAACUGCAUCAGGCGUUUAUCGAUGCCAGCAAUGAGUUCGCUGCCUGGAUUCGUAACGCCAAGGAGUGUCUCAACAAGUGUUCUGAUUCGCGUGGCGAUAAGGAGACGCUCGUUUCGAAGAUGACACAGCUGAAGAUUCUGGACAACGAUGUACCGGUUGGCCAGAAGAAACUGGAAAAGGCACUCGAACAGGCGGAAGUUGCCUGCCGCAAUGUGGACACUGAAGAGGUGGAAGCGAUCGAGAAAGAGGUAGCUAUCUUGCAGGAAGAGUUCGACAACUACUGUGUGGCGCUGAAAAAGAUCGGUGGUGCACUGGAGAAUGGAAUCGUACGCUGGACGGAGUAUGAUGAUCAGUAUGGUGUGGCAUUGAAAUGGUUGGAUAGCAUCGAGCAGGAAGUGCAAACGUACAACAAAAUGCAGGCCAAUCUGCAGGAAAAGAAGCGUGUGCUGGAAGAGUUCCAGGACAAGCUGCAAACGUUGUUCGAUUGGCAACGUGAGCUUGACAGUUUGAACAUGCGGGCUCAGGUAUUGUUGGAAAUUUGCGCCGAUACUCGCAUCAGCAACGGAGUGACACAGCUAACUACCAAGUACAAUGUGCUGCUGUCGAUUGCGAAGGAGAUAAUGCGCCGCCUUGAGCUGCACUAUCAGGAACACCAGCAGCACAACACGCUGUACGGAGAGUGUCAGGAUUGGUUGGAUAGGAUGCGUGAGAAGUUGAACGAAUGCGAAUCCGUGCCCCAUACUGUGGCAGAAACACAAUCCAAACUGAACAUUGUUAAAGGAAUCCGACAGUCGUUGGAACAGGGUCAGAAUAAGUUGCGAUAUCUGAUCGAGCUGAAGGAGAAAAUUGUGCUCAGUACGGAAACGAGUGGUGCCUCAAAGAUUGAGGAGGAUACCGAAAAUUUGAAGACCGAAUACGAAUCGUUGAUGGUGGACAUAACCGAAACACGCCAACGGCUCACUAACCACCUCGCACAACUUGAAGACAUUGGCAAACUGUCGCGAAUGUUGGCUGAAUGGGUGGAGGAGGUGCAAAGCAAAUUGGACGCUGGUGAGACUAUGCAGAAUGAGCUGGCCGACAAGCGUGUGCUGCUGGAGAAGUAUCGCGCCAUUCACCGGGAAACUGGAAACUACAACGAGGUAGUUGACAAGAUUAAAUCCAAAAUGACCGAUAACGCUAAUAUGGAUGUCGAAGAGUUCAGCAAGAUUCUAGCCGAUUACGAUGCGAUCGUAGCAAAGGUUGUGUUGGAGAUCGAACGACUGGAAAAUCAGGUCAACAAUCACGAACGCUUCAAGCAAGCGUUGGGUGAGCUGUACGAGUGGAUGAAGGCUACUCGCCAGACCAUACAACAAUCGUCCGAUUUUCAUGGUGAUAAAGAGAACAUUGUCGGUCGGAUUGAGAAACUGAAGGCAAUAGAGCUAUCGUUCUCGGAAGGCAAGGUGCUGCUGGAAAAUACUGCCGACAUGGGCAACUCCCUGGCAGCGAUCAGUGGUCAAGAGGGACAGGCAUCGAUCAAACAGGAAAUACUGCAGGCACGUGCCGAUUGGGAUGAGCUUGAGGAGCUGGCACGAUCCUCCAGACAGACGCUGGAAGAUUGUCUAGCCUCGUGGGAUAGCUUCCUGGAUAAGUCGGAAACGCUGGGUGUCUUCCUGGAGGAGUACAACGUUAAAGUGAAUGGAUUCGGUGCAAGCGAAGGAACUGCAGAUCAGGCAGCAGUACUUGGCGAACUAAAGCGCAUUCAGGAUUUGAUUCUGACGAAAAAGAGUACCGUCGAAGAGUUGAACGAUGUUUGCGAAGCACUGAUGGAGAAGAGUGCAUGUUCGACGGUUCGCGAUCGUACAGUCGAUCUGCAAAAGAGCUACUCGACAUUGCUUGGAAAAGUGCAAGGAUUUAUCACAAAACUAGAGAAAAACCUUGUUAGUCAUACCGAGUUCAUAUACUAUAAGGAAGAAAUCAACAAGUGGUUGAACGAUGCCAAUGCAACGAUUAAAAAUUGCAGCGAUGUUGCGGCAGAUGAUGUGCUUGUUAUCAGACAGAAGGUGGUACAGUUGCAAGGGCUAUCAAACUCAAUCCCGCAAGGUCAAAAACUGUUCGAGAUGUUGCAAGAUUCUUUCACCAAGUCGUCCUAUCUUUAUCCGGAGGAUAAGCAGACAACCAUGUUCCAGGACAUUUCCGAUAUCCGUGACUCGCUAGAUACGGUUAUAAUAGGUAUCAGCUCGUCGUUGAACAACCUGAACGCACAGGCAAGUCGGUUGGAGUCAUACGAGGAGUUAAAACGACGCAUUCACGAGUGGUUAGCUACAACUGAAAGUGUGUUCGAGACGCUACCUGAAACGCACGGUGAGAUGACGGAGGUGAAGACAUUACUCGAGCGUCUGAAACACAUCCAAACGGAGAUAUCGUUCAAACAGACGGACCUUGAGAAUCUACAGCAAGAGGCGGCAAACCUCUUUGACGUGAACAAGUGUUCCGCUGAGAUGGAGCGUGUUGCUAGCCUGCAGUCCCGUUGCACUAAGCUCAGUGAAAAAUGUUCGUAUCAAAUCCGUAAGCUGGAGACAGAGUUAGACGAUCAGAUGGCAUACUAUCAGAACCUGCAGGAAAUAGAAAAGUGGUUGCUGCAGAUUUCGUUCCAACUCAUGGCGCACAACUCCCUGUACAUUUACAAUCGAGAGCAAACGCUGGAGCAGAUUGCACAGCACGAGAAGCUACUGGAUGAGAUACAGCGUUAUCAGGUGAAUAUUGAUGACUUCAACGCCAAGGGCCAAUGUCAGAUCGAACGAUACAUUUUGAAAGCACCGGCCAUUAAGAGUCGCAUUGAGACGCAAAUGAAGAACAUUCGCGACAGCUACAACUCUUUGCUGAAUACAUCGGUACAGAUUAAGAACAGGUUGCACGAUUCGCUCAACAAGUUCCAAGAGUACGAAGACACGCUGGAUGACAUCAACAGGCAGCUUGAUGAGAUGGAACCACUUGUCGCGGAAGAACGAUUGCUUGAAGUAGUUGAUUACGGGGUCGGCCAGUCGCAGCUAGAGAAAGCACAAGGUAUACACAACAAGCUGCAGGUGGAAAAGAGUCGUCUAAUGUUUGCCGUGCAGGCUUGCGAAGCAGCGACAGCAAGUAUCAGCAGACCCAGCUCCCCGAUGGACAACGUUUCACAGAUGAUCCCGGAGAAGGAGCUAAUGGUCCGAGCGCGUUUGGAGGACCUUAUCGAUGAUGUACAGCAAUGGAUUGCGGAGCUGAUUGCCUCAAUCAACGAUUGUGAGCGUCAGCACAAGCAAAAGGUCGAACUGGAAAACUGGAUCCAAAAGCAGAAGGCAAUCGUUGCCGACUGGGGUUCAAAGCCGUGCAAGUUUAGACCGGAAGCGGCGGAACAGGAAUUGCGCUCAAUGAAUGAACUAUCACGUACCAUCACUGUCAGGAGAGAUGAUUUGCAGGGUGAAACGGAUCAGGAUCAUCGUUUGCGUGAAGAGCUCGAGAAGCUGCAGGCAAGUUUGAAAAAGGUAAUCGACCGCAAGAAGGAUGACCAGCUGGCGAUUGAGAAGUAUCGUAAGAACUACGAAGACGUACAGGGUUGGUUGGAUGCGAUAACGAAUCAGAUAGAUAACGUCGAGAAAGGUGGUGGUCUGAGCUGUAAACAGAAGCUGGAAAAAAUCUCCAAUAUUAAGCGCAUCUUGGAAAACGACAGUGAGAUGAUAUCGAACUUCAAACGCAAUGGGGACCAUAUUGUGGAGCUGGUGAGCAAUCUCGAUGCGCAACAGGUGACCGAGCAACUGAAGUCCAUCGAUCGACGCUAUAACGACAUCACAAAGCGUCUGAAUCGUCGAUUGGACGUGAUUGAUUCUACCAACAAAAUGUUUGGAAAGUUGCGAAGCGACAUUGGAGAAUUAUCGCAGUGGAUAGUGGACAAGAACGGAUCAUUGGAUGUACCGUAUCAGCUAGGAUCGGAUACAAAAUCGGCUGAAAAUCAACAACAAACGUUUAAAUCGUUGUUGAAAGAAAUCGAAGGCAAGCAAUCGUACGUCGACACACUCGGAAAGAGGUUUUCAAGCAUACAGUCCGACUUGGAACCUCAUGAGAAACAACAGCUCGAAGUGGAACUGCAGACGUUGAUGAAGAAUGUAGGUCUGCUUGGCGAUCGAGUGCGUGGCGAGCUGGAUAAGAUUGUGGAAGACAUCCUGUGCCGCAAGAACAUGCACAACAAUCUGGACGUAACGCGAGCAUGGAUCAAAACGAAACAAAACGAUGUGAACAAGAUUUCGGAUCAGAUACCACUGCUGUCGAGCAACGUGAACUCGGAGAUCAAGCUGUGCCAGCGCCAUGCACAGACGAUUCGGGAGUUUGAGGAAAAUGCCUUCAGGGACGUAUCGAAACAGGUACGCGAAAUUAUGAAGGACUGUAAUGACGAAGGUAAGGCAAAGCUGGCUCAAGAAUUUGGCGACAUCGAGGCCAAACUAAGGGAGCUGGUGGAGAGCUGCUCCCGGAAGAUCGAGUUCAUGGAGCGCGAACAUGGCAAGCGGCGGGAGUUCGAGGGUCGCAAGGAUCGCGUGUGGAACUGGUUGAACGAGGCGGAAUCGAUCGUGUCCUCCGAUAUCCGUACCACGAGCUACGAGAUACUGAAGGAUCAGAAGCAAAAGUUCGACAAGUUGUGCAAAGAGUGCGAAGUGAUGAAAAGUGCGGUGAAGGAAGCGGAAGAUUUUAAGAGUGCUAUUCUGCCGACGUUGAACGAACUGGACAAGACGAACAUUAACAAUCAGGUGAAAGUGAUGCGCGAAAAGUGGAACGCUAUUAGCAAUGUGCUGAAGGUGAAGUGUAAAAAGCUGGAAGACCAUCUAGUAGAGUAUGAGGAUGCGAUCGCAAAGAUCCAAGGUUGUGCUGCGUUUAUCGUUCAAGUGCAGAGCCGGUUGAAAGAAAUGAACCGUCCAGUGACAAGCAGGAUCGAAAACAUACAGGACUUCCUGCUGGCCUACGAGCAGAUUCUGGGCAGUUUGAAGGACAAACGGUUGGAAAUGAGUACGAUACUGUUGACUAAUUUACCGCAACUGCGGGAGAACUCGUCGAAGCUGGAGGAAAUGAUUAUGGGCAUCGAGGAGCAACUGCGUCGGCUGAAAGCGAUGCUGCUGUUGAAGGAACAGUUUAUCGGUGCAAUCAAUGACAUUGUCAAGUUGAUUGCAAAGAUCAACACUGACUUUAACACUGUGGAUAACUUUAGUCCAACGGUGGAUGACCGACUCUUGCGCUACGGUGAAAUUCUUCAGAACAUCGAAGAAUGCGAAGGUCUAUUGGUAGCUGCCACCGAUAAGGGUCACCAAAUUGCAAGCGAUGGUACCGAUCUGGAUCGGCACAACAUUAUGGAUCAGAUCCAUUCGCUUCAGCAGCAACUAGCAUCGAUUAAACGAUCGAUCGAGCUGGAGCAGGAUAAAUAUCAGAAACAACGAGCGUACCACAAAACCCUGUCAAAUGACUUGUUCGCGCUGGUAGACUGGUUUAAGGAUAACGACGAGCACAUCCGGUCUCGUCCGUUGUUCGGGUUGGAUUUGAAAAUGGCCGAUCAGCAGCACAGUGCUCACAUUGCGCUAGCCGGGAAGGCUAACAUAAACCUGAAAAUGAUUGAAGAUUUACUGGCAAAGUUAGGUCACAGUGACAGCAAACUGCCUGAAGACCUACAGGACAUGGUCGACCGUGCGCGAGUACUGCAUGAAGCGGUACCGCAGGAGUUGGUGGCACGGGAAGCGUAUCUCACACAGAACCGUCAGUAUCGUUUGGAGUUCCGCGAUAGUAUGGAGCGCGUUAAAAAGUGGCUCUCGGCGGCGGAGAACCGAUUUGAGCACACGAAAACGUUCAGCUUCGAUCAGGAGAAGAUUACGGUAGCGUUGAAGGAGUUGGAAGACUUCUUGCAUGGCGAGGCGGAGAUUCGCACGUUGCUGUACAGUGGCAUCCAGGAGCAGGCAGAUCGGCUAUGGAAUUCGUUGAGUGAAACAGACCAAAACCAGUGUCUCGGUGAACUGCAGCAGUUGAAAAAUCGUUUGAGUGAUGUGUCGCAUCGUGCCGCGGUGCAACAGACGGAACUGUUGUCGAACAGUGAUCUGGUGAAAUCGUACAAAAAGCAUUCGAGUGCGGUGAACAAUGUGCUUGUGAAGAGUAAGCUGGACGACACGAUUCUGACCAUCCCGACUCUACCGGCCCGUAUUGAUCACAUUAAUGUGUUGCUCAACAUGCUGCAGGUGCAGCAUAACGAGCUCGAUAUUCUGAACGAACUAUCGCAGAAGAUAGUGAACCGUGCGGAUCAGUACAAUCGAGACCGGGUGCAGAAGGAAAACGCCGACGCAAACCGCCAGUGGGCCAGCAACGCAACAUUGUUGGAAAAUUUGCGCGAAAAUCUCGUCCAGCUGCAGCAGCAGUGGGAUCAGCUGGAAAGCAUCCUGCAGGAGCUGGAGGUGAAAUCGAACCUGCUGCUGGAGAAGGACCGUGGAUUGGAUUUGGUGGUACAUUCACGCGACCAAACCGAGGCCAAGAAGCACAUUGUCGAGAACUUGCUGGAAGACAAGUCCGCCCUUGGUCAGCUGAACACGAAGGCGAACGCACUCGCAAAAACGCUCAUCAAAGCCCUGCGCGAACAGAAGCUACUGCCGCAAUCACUGGAAGAAAAGUUAACGCAUCUGAACGACGUCAACAUACGACUUUCGGACAACCUUACGCGAAAGGAACGUCAGCUGCGGGAAAUUCUCGGCGAGCUGCAGCACUAUCUGGACCAGAUCGGUGAGCUAGCCCAGCGUAUCGAGUCGGUGCGGAAGGAUCUCACCCAGAUCAACCCCUUCGACGAACGGCUCUACCAGACGGACAAGGCGCUCGGUGCGGUACGGGAGGCGGCCGAGAACUGUAGCGUCCAGCGGGAGGAUCUUCGCCGGCGUAUCAACGAAAAGUACCUGCCGGUGCAGAAGUUCGUACCGACGGAUCUGAAGGAGGGGCUCGAACUGCUAGAUCGCUCGCUAACCGCCAUUAACAGCACGAUGGAGGAUUACCAGGGUGCGUACAAGAAGGCGAAAACCAUCCGCACGGACUAUUUCACCGUGUACGAUCGCAUCAAGACGUGGAUCGAAAAUGCGGAGCUAACCAUCUCGAACCACGGUAUCGAUCCGAGCGAGCUGAAGAGCAAGCUGAUCGUGCUGAUCAACGAGUUUGGCGAUAUGCGCAUGGCGCACGACCAGCUGGUAUUCAAUGGGAACGAAAUUAUGCGCCACUGCACGGAGUCGAGCGAUCGUACCGCGACCAAGGCCAACAUGGAUCAGCUAGCGCACGAGCUGGACAAAACGAUCGCACUGAUCGAACAGAAGAACCAAACGGUCGAUCAGAUCCUGGGCAAUUGGGCCAACUUUAUGCGGCUGUACCAAUCGGUGGUGGAUUGGUCGAUAAAAAUACGCGCGCUGUUGGAGCGCAAGCUGCAGCUAAACACACUUCACGAGGCACAGCUCGCCUGUCAGAAUUAUUCUCAUGCAGUAAGCAGUCUUGCGGAUGUAUCACAGAAUUUGAGUGAAAUGAAUCACGAGUUCGACAAAAUUAACGAAGUUUGCUCGACGGCUUAUCUGAAGGGCAAACUACACGAAGCCGAAACGUUGAAAAUCGACAUCGAAACAGUGUUGUUUGAAAGGAAUCUGUUCCUUCACGAAACGACGGAAGAGUGGCAGCAGUACGAGCGGAAGAUUGAGAGCGUGAAGGAGUGGAUAAAGGACUCGUACCAGGCCUUGAAUUCGAGCGAGCUGAAGAGCAAACCGUUGCGCGAUCAGCUCCGAAUUUUGGAGCAGAUGCUGGCGGACAUAUCGGCUCAAAAGAUCAAGGUCAACAUGUCGCUAGAAAAGUUGCAGGUUCACUUCCAUUCGGACAUCAUCUACACGGACAAUCCGAACAUCGUACAGUGCGGCCGGGCCGUGAUGGGCGACCUGGACAAGCUGAACCUGGACGUGUUCCAGACGACGCAGAACCUGGACCAGGCCCUGUCGCAGAUCGAGGGUUGUCAGGCGGAAAUGCAAACGAUCCGGCAGCGGAUCGUGCACGAGGAACAGCAGCUCCGGAAUAUCUUAUCACCAUUGCACCAAUCGAGCGAUAGUGAAAAGCACGAACAGGACCGUUCGAUGCCGUAUGAUUGGAGCGUAGAGUGUUACGAUCAGGAUGAAAGCGCACCAUCGACGACGGAUGUACGGGAUGCAAGGCGCCAUACCGACACCCGUUCGGUACCGGAAGCCCCAAUGGCACGGUCGCUGGCCGGCAGAAGUGUGGUGGUUGUAACCGCCAGCACUCCUCAGCCGGUGCCGUCCGCGUGGAGUAGAACCGGCGAUGGUGACGAUCUGACUUAUGCGGAAAUCGUUGCCGGACUUCGUCGUCAGCGUCAGCGUGGUCACGAUCCACCGCUACACGUGAUCGAAAGGCACAACACCGGGCAGCGCAAUGUGACCAACAUCUCGAUCACGAGUCCGGUACAGCACAGUGCUCGAAAUGUUUCGGACGCUGUUGUUUCAAUCACAUCCACAGUGCCAUCGUCUGACGAGCCUGUCAAUAUUGACCAGUACCAAGCAGCUCGUACUGUAGUCCAGCUUACCGGGGCCAAUAGGCAGGUUGUGGACGAACCGAUUGCCCGCGAACCUCCGAAGGAACAACGCAGAUCCCGUAGACCACCUUCAUCAACAUCUCCCAAACUACCGAUCCGAACUACUGCUGACACAAUCGAUUCCAUGGCCAUGGCAAACAUUAUAAACGUGACCACAAUUGUUGGUGCAACCUCCACCCAACCGGUGGUAGUUAUGACCUCCGCGAAGGGACCGGAAUUAACGCAGCCCGAAGUAUCGAGCACCGGGUCCGCAGGGCCCGCAUCGGUAUGGUCCUUUGGAAACAAGACCUACGCAGAAGUGUUGAAAGAAAUUGCCGCAUCUAAUCAAUAUCGCCUGCAACAGCAACAAAAACAGCAGCAAGAAUUUCUGCAGCCAUCCUGGAGCGAAAGCAGCUACCAACAGCAGAGUGCUGGUGGAAAACAGCAACCCGGUGCACCUGUUCGCCUUGGUUUACCUCAACCCUACGCAAACCGUUCCCGAUCGAGCUCAAGAAAUCGUCCAAAGCCGGAAGCUGUGUCGCGUGUAAAUAUUGUACAUAGUGAUUAUCAACAAACGACACCAUCUAGUCAAGUGCAGCAAGUGGUGCGUCCAGGCAAAGUGCAUUCGAGAUCGGCUUCGGUGAAAAGCAAUGCAUCGUCGACUACAUCACAAGGAACUGGUGCGGGUGAGAAGAUGACAAGGAAACCGGCUGCUCGGCAAAGUGUGACCGAUCGUAAGAAUGUUCGUGCUGCUGCUGGAGCUGCCGCCGUGACCGCAUCCGAACAUAUGCCAUCCGAACAGAGUGAUCCGACCGAAAACAUCAGCUACAGAAAGGCGAAGAAGAGCAAGAUUAAGCAGAUGCAAAGCAAGGCUGACAAGUUGCUGCCAGUGUCGCAAGAACCGGAACCCGAGAAGCAACAGCAAGUGUUUGUGACCGAGAUCAAUGUGAACAAAUCCGAAACGCCCGCCAGACAAUCGACCAGCCCGAUGAAAACAGUGUCCAUAGUGAAUCUAACCGAUCAGCCAGAAGUGAUUGCUAGUGCAGAGACGAAAAUAACGAUUAAUGUGAACGAACCGGUGCAGGCAGCUGCAGAGUUGAGGGAGAUAGAGCCACCGAAGGAACAUUACGUUACGCAGAUCCAGCUGGAUCAGCAAGCGGGUCAGCAGCGUCAGCAAAUUCGUAAAAGUGCCAAAAAGCGUAAUAAAACCACCACCACUCAUAAGCUGCUGGACAUUAGCAUGAGUGAACCGGUGACGGUACCGGUACGGGAGCAAGAGAAAAACAUAUCGACGGUAGAGAUCGUUUCACCAAAGGAGAAAAAUGUGUCCGUAGUAGAUUUGCGUCCGUUGCAGGAACCGUUGACGGUAACGUCAAUCGAGUUGAAGGGCGAUGCAAUGGAAACUCUAGAAACGUACAGUAAACAAAUAGAACACCAGCUUGAUGCAGGAAGUUUGCUGGAGCAUUCAAAAACCGUUGAAGUAUCUGCGACGAAAAGCACUAAUGUGGUACAACAAGAUCCCAUCAUGUUUACUGAGGAAAUUGUUGAAAUUUCCCAACCGUGCGUAACGAUUGAUCGACGUGAAAUGGAAGAAUCCGUACAGCAAACCGAGACUGUGAGUUACCAUCGAUCGGAGGUGUCGUUUACUACAGUGACUGAAACUGUGCAUGAGGAGAUUAAAGUUGAGCACAAAUCGAAUGCAAAAGAAAGCAGUGCUAAAACGUACACUACAUCGUUACACAUUGAUCAAACUGAUGUUGAAGAAUCAAAUACAAUGAAUAUGGCGCCAUCAACUGUGAUCCACGAAUCAAGCAAAGAAUAUGUUACGCCCGUUGUGGAGAAUGUGGCUAACGAAAGUGAAAUUUGGUGUCCACCAACAAAGAAGAAGGGCAAAAAGAAGCAAUCCAAGAAGACGGAUAAACCAGACGAUUCGACUAGCAGUCGACAGACGAUUGAGCAAAAAAGAACAGAAUUUGUCAGAUCAAUGCUUACAGAAACAAUGGAUGAAACCAAUGCCGAAAUUUCUGACACAAACCCGACCGUUGAGUGUACACCGAAUGUUAUCCCUGAACCAAUUGUACCUUCAGCAGAGGAGGUGGCUCUUAUGAGUGCUCGGGAAGAAUCAUUUUUGGCCGACAUUAGUGGACCUGUUUCCAGUGUUGUAAUGGAUGUUGCACGUGAUGUAAAAGAUCUGCCAAUUGAUAGUCAACUCUCAUCGGAGGAAAUAGCUCUUAUGAACACCAGAGAAGAAGCAUUCCUUGCGGAAAUGAGUAACCCGAAUGUUAAGGAAGAAAUAGAAGCUGUGUCUCAAGUGAAAGAACCUUCAGCUCGUAUUGAUCUUUCGUCGGAAGAAAUCGAACUCAUGAAUGCCAGGGAAGAAUCGUUUUUGGCCGAAAAUAGUACGCCAGUAGCAAAGCAGGAUCGAUCUCAAGUGGAGGAACCUUCGGCUCCGUACGUUCUUUCAUCGGAGGAAAUUGCGCUUAUGAAUGCAAGAGAAGAAUCAUUUUUGGCGGAAAUGAGUGGAUCAACUUCAAAUCUUGAGCUCGGAUCGAAAUCUACCAACAUGUCCAUUCCAGUUGGACCUUCAGUCCAGGAAAUGCGUACUCAACCGUCAACUAUCGAGUUAGAAGUUAAAAUAGAAACAAAACCAGAACCUGUUUUAUUGACACCUUCAGCAGAGGAGAUAGCACUCAUGAACGCACGAGAAGAAGCAUUCCUGGCUGAGAUGAGUGUACAAGCUUCUAAUGAAGAAAUGAAUACUGACUCUAAUUUGAAGGACAUGUCCGUUUCGGUUGGACCUUCGGCGGAUGAAAUAGCUGUGAUGAAUGCAAGAGAAGAAGCAUUCUUGGUUGAGAUGAGUGGUUUAUCUUCUCGUGUUGACUCAGAAGUUAUAACAAAAUCAGUUAUUGAGUCAAUGACAACUUCCGCAGAGGAAGUAGCACUCAUGACCGCCAGAGAAGAAUCAUUUUUGGCUGAGAUGAGUGCACCCGAGCCCAAAGAAAUGUUGGAAACACCAAAAGUCGACGAAACCCCUUCAGCAGAAGAAAAUGAUUCAAUUACCACAGCAAUAGAAAUUACUUCUCCACACACAACGGCUGACUCGAAUGUGAAUGUAGAAAUGAAAGAAGCAUCUAUUACGGCUGAAAUUACAGCAGAAGAAGCAACCCUCAAGAAUGCAAGAGAAGAUUCAUUUUCGGCUAAUGUUAACAAAGAAGUAGACUCACGUUCUGCAGAUCUGGUCGUGUUUAAUGCGGAAAAAACGGUACUGGAAGAUAAGAAACUAGACGCAAUGACUUCAAUGUCUUCACCGGACAAUGAGCCUCCCGCACCGUUGGCCAAAGAAUGUAGCAUAACGAAUCCGACAGCGGUAACUGAUACUGGUGAUGAAUCUACUUCAACUACUCUCAGCUCCAAGCAUGCUGAAACAACGAACCUCGCAACCGGAAAGAGUCCAAAGAAAAGGCAAAAAGAUAAGUUUAAGAAAAUCAAAAAAUCAGACGCCGCAAAUAUGGCAGCAUUCCUUGAAGCGGAACGGAAAGUGUUCGAAGCAGAAGAAGCAGCACAAGAGCAACCUGCCCCACCGGAUUCGAGAACACGUGAUCAAACGUCACCGGGAAUGAGCUCCAUUACAAAGGAGCAGAUUGAAACAAUAAUUGUGGGCAUUAAUUUUGAGCGGCAAAAAUCACUCACCGGUGCAAACGACGGCGAAGCAAAUGUUGGUGCAGCAAUCCCACUAUCUACGGAAGAUACAUUCGUGAAUAUGCCCGAGAGCCCAGUGAAGGGUGUCCAAGAGUUCCGAAGCAAUUUGGUGUUUGAGGAUUACGAUUUUAUGCAUCAAUCUCCCGUGAAACGAUCUCAUGCAGCGGACCGUAUCGAUGGCAAAGGAGGUCGUUCGAAAGAGGUCAAGUUUAAGCCACAGUUGGAAAGCAUUCCUUCAGAUGCGGAUCUAUUGGGUAAAGGCGACAGUCAUGACAAAUCUACAAAGGGAAUUGAGUCCACUGUGUCUAGUACUGCAACUGGCCAGACCACUGCAACGGAAUCCAUAGAAUCUAGCAAGCAACAACAUAUGGAUACAGACUCUGGCAAGGAAAACAAUGAUCCCGUGCAAAGAAUUGUGAUUAACUCAAAGUGGCGCGACAACCGACAGAAGAUCUCAAUGAUAACACACGAGGAAGUGUUGCUGCAACCGGUUUCACAUAUAAAAAUGCAACUACCCAAAAUCAUUGCGGCAAAGGUGGAGAAGGUGUCGAUUCCCGACGCAAGACCGGACGUUGUGCCGCUGGAACCGAUCGUGCAAGAAACGCCAAAGGAAGAAUUUGUUGGAGUGGACGAAGAGCUAGUGCAUGACGAUAUGCAGGUCGGACAAGUAGCAACGGAAGUUUCAAUGCUGGACAUUUCUCCUUCGAUUGUGUACGAAACACAGUCGGUGGAUGUGCUGGAGAAAGAAGCAUCCUUACCGGAGGGCACUGAUAUGGCGUCGGGAAUGGUGGUGGCUACGGAGGCAAAACAAUCGAAUACGGUUUCUGAUACGGUCAGUUUUGCUGAGCAGCAAUCUUCUAGUCAGGAAGUGUACACGACGACUACAACUUCUGUAAUGUAUCGUACGACAACGAUCACGUACAUGCAGUCGGACGAGCAGGAGGAAAUUAAUGAAAUCUACACAAGUCCCACGGUUGUUGAACAGAGUGUGAAAACGGUCAUCACCCGGGAUGAACCUAAGCUGGACGUAUCGGUGUCAUAUUCAGAAGCGGAUCGAAGUAUGGGAGAUGAAGUGAUGGUGGAACGGAUCGUGAUUGAAAAAGACGAAACUGGCACUGUAGAUGAAACUGUUACAAGUGAAACUGAACCCGAUGAAAGUGUUAUGGAAUCAAAGCAAUCACUAUUAGACAGUUCAGUGAUAUCAGAGGCAGAUCGUAGUAUGGGAGAGGAAGUGAUCGACACAAAGACAAUGAUCGUAUUGGAAGAAAGUGAAGGUGAUGAGGAACGGGUAGUGCGAGAGAUGUGCAAAGAAUCUUUCCAACAAGACGCGUCGUCUUUUGAGGUGGCAAAACAAACUUCAUCGUCUGAAAUAACAACCAGUGCAAUCGAACCUGUGCUGGGUAGUCCGCUUGAGCCGGAAUCGUCUAACGGACAGGAUUACUGGCAGUAUCAUGAUACUGAGAGACAUUACAUUCAGAACUUCGCGGUACAAUCGAAUGAUAAAGAGCAGGAGGUUAAACUUGUGGAAAAUAUGGUGAAUGAAUCCUCACCACCAAAAGAUGUAGAAGAAAGUAAUGUUGAGGGAUCUACCGUAGAACGCGUUUCAUUGGAUAUUUCUACGUCAAGCAACACAAGUGAUAGGGAGCUUGCCGAAAUCUAUCGUACUUUACAGCAGUCCUACUUGAGUACGUGGCAGUUACGUGAUGCCGAGAAUGACUAUCAGAAACUAGAUGCAAGAGAAGCGAAUAGUAAAAAUGCAGCAGAGAAGUUGAUUGAGCCCUCAUUAUCUUCCAAUAUACCAAUGGAAACUGAGGGUUCUGACUUGACAGUUUUGGAUAAAAAAGCGGAACAAGAAAGCUCAUUAACCAGUCAACUCGAAGUACUGAAGAGCUUGGGACGGUCUUUGAUUAAUAACUGGCAGUUGCGAGAGGCAGAAAUGACCUAUGAAAAGCUAAAAUCUUUGGAAACGCCAAAGGAUUCUGAGACGACAUGCGUGACAGAUCUAGAUGUACCGAUGCAUGCAAAUAGCGAAUUGUUAUCUACAUUGGAUAAUAAUUUUAUCGAGGUACAACAGAAUCCGCCUGCUGAACAGUUCACUGCAAAUGAGAAUGCAACUACUGAUGUAAUUAAAAGAAGCGAAGAAGUUGUAGUUCCAACAAUGUCGCAAAAUGUGACCGAUUCUGUAGGACAAAACAAGUUGCAGACAUCAAGAGAAGAGGAUUUGAAAAACGCUUUGCACUAUGCAUCCGUUGAUUCCCAUGAUACCCUCUCACUACGUGAUGCAGAGAAGAAAUAUGUUUUGCUAAGACAGAUUGAUACAAUCAAGCCAGAAAAGAGAGAGGAAACCGUUUUAACUCCCACCAGUUUGUCGGAUGAAAUCGAUGAACUUGCAUCACAUGAUGCUGAAGAGCGGGAGCUUUUGAGUCUCUCAGCUAUGUCAAAGGCAGAAAGUUUGGUACAAGUUGUGCCUGAGACUGUGGUUGUAGACGAAAAAGUAACAUUCGUCAACAAAGACGACGUUCCUUGCCUAGACUCCGAAGAACAGGAGCUAUUGAAACUCUCGGUUAUGUCAAGAGCAGAAAUCUUAGAACCAGUUGUGCCCGAAACUACUAUUGAAGAAGUGAUAGUUUUUGACAAGCCAAAGGACGAAAUUACUUGCCUAGACUCUGAAGAACAGGAGAUUUUGAAACUCUCGGCUAUGUCAAGAGCAGAAAUCUUGGAGCCAGUUGUGCCUGAGGCAACAGUGGAAGAAGAGAUAGUUUUUGAUAAACCAAAGGACGAAGUUCCUUGCCUAGACUCUGAAGAACAAGAGCUUUUGAAACUAUCGGCUAUGUCAAGAGCAGAAAUCUUGGAGCCAGUUGUGCCUCAAAGACCAAUGGAAGAAGAGAUAGUUUUUGACACACCAAAGGACGAAGUUCCUUAUCUGGACACCGAAGAACAGAAGCUUUUGAAACUCUCGGCUAUGUCAAAGGCAGAAAUCUUGGAACCAGUUCUGUCCGAAACUACUAAGGAAGAAGUGAUAGUUUAUGACAAACCAAAGGACGAAGUUCCUUGCCUAGAUUCUGAAGAACAAGAGCUUUUAAAACUAUCGGCUAUGUCAAGAGCAGAAAUCUUGGAGCCAGUUGUGCCUGAGGCAACAGUGGAAAAAGAGAUAGUUUUUGAUGAACCAAAGGACGAAGUGCCUUGUCUGGACAAGGAAGAACAGGAGCUUUUGAAACUCUCGGCUAUGUCAAGAGCAGAAACCUUGGAACCUUCACACCAUGUUCCUUGUCCAGACAGUGAAGAACAAGAACUUUUGAGGUUGUCAACCAUGUCAACGAUUGAUGCUCUGGAACCAAUAGUGUUUGAAACUACUCAAGAAGAAGUGGUAGUAUGUGAAACAACAUUGGAUAAUGUGUCUUGUCGGGACAGUGAAGAACAUGAACUUUUGAAGCUUUCGGUUAUGUCAAAGGCAGCAGAUUCUGGGCCAUUAUCAUCCACUACUGUAGAAAAAUUGAUAGUAUGUGACACGCAGUUGGGCAACGUUCCUUGUCCAGAUGAGGAAAAUCCAAAACUGUUUAACAAGCUUGUUUUAGAAAAGAAUACCCAAGAACAGGAAGCUAUUGCUGCUGUUACCACUGUUGAAGUCGUCGAGCAGAUAGAAUCAUCAUUGCAGUCUGAGAAUGUACAACAGUUUGUAAUAGAGUUGUCCGUGGCAGAAACUAAAGAAUCUGUUCUGCAUGAAGAUGUAGGUGACGAAUCCAUAAGCAGUGUGGAUCUGUCAAAGUCAAGUACAUUUGAUUCAAGCAUGGCUUCGGUGGUUAGCAAACCAGAAAUUUCCUUCAUUCAGUUACCGCUAGAGAAGAAUGUAGCGGCAGAAGACGUUGAGCUGAUGGUAUCCAGCAUUGAGUCUAACGAAGGAGUAAUUGAAACAACUAUUUCGCCAGAUCAAAAUGCAGGAGAGAUUGUGGUAGAAGGAAAAUUGCUUGUUCAAGUAAAUAUUCCCCAGAAGAUCACUGAAGAACAGCACGCAACAGACCGAAAAGAAAAACGUAAGAAGGAGAAAAAGCAAGCGAAGAAAUCCAAACAGUUAACGCACGAUGCUGCGGCAUCGAAGGAAAGUGCUAUCGCAAGUGUUACAGAUUUGGCCAAUGAUAAACCCAAGACUGAAACAGCGCCAGUAGUUCCAAAUGUUUGGGAACAGAUGAAGGGCAAGAAGACGUAUGCCGAGGUAGUUGCGGGUAAGGAGGCAGAACGCAGAAGACUUUUGGAAUUGCAAAAGAUGAAAUCUCAAUCUUCUGAUGUGCCAAUGGCAGAAGAAAUGAAAUCUCUGCCACAGGGUGUAAUAAGUGCUGCAGACAAGGUAAUGUCUCGUAACGAGAGCUUUGUUGAAGUAGAGCUCAGUAACGAAACAGACCUUCAGUCUUUUAUUGAUAGCAACAAGAGCUAUGAAAGCAUGGCAAAACCAAGCACAUCUUGGGCAGAUAUUAUCGACGAUGAUGUAGUAGAUCACAGCAUUGCUAGCACUGCCAUGAUCAAUCCGCCAGAGGAAUCAAUAAGCAAAAUUGAACCAAUAGAGGUGGUUGAAACAUCAGAUCAACAUGUGCCGGAAACGCGAGCAGUAGAGCAGGGCAAUAAGGAAGUUUCAGCUGAACGCGAAACGAAGCGAAGGAAAAAACAAAACAAACGGGUUACAGAACAAGUAGUCAGUCCAGCGGAAAAUGUGUCACAGUCUUCCGAGCUGCAUGAAUCAGAAGUAGACACAACCACGUCUACGACGGAAACCUCAAUCUGGCAAACUGGCCCACUUUACGCUGAUGUUGUGGCCCAAAAUUUGAAACGAGAAACUGAAGCGAUAGUUCCUUCGUCUUCAGUUCAAACUGAUAAUCAAUUGGACUUAAGUCAAGCUUCCCAAGAAGUCGUAACGGAAGCUGCAUGCUCCGUUGUUUCAGAGAAUAGCGCCUUGUUGGUAGAUGAUGUACAACCUGAAGUUUCUCUCUCGCUUCGAAAUACGCCAGAGGAUACAUCACAGGAAAAAUCAUGUACAUCAGGUGCAGAUUCUGUGGAUGUUAUUGAUAUUGCUAAACCUUCUUCCAAUAUGGUUCAAUCAGCUGAAAAACAACCAGAAGAAAAAGUGGCGAAUGAUUUGGUUGUCGAAAGUGCUGCAAAAGCAAAUAUUACCACCGUCGAAAAGAGCGCCACAGAUGAUACGAAAUCAGAUUCGUUGAAGGCGUCUUCAAAGCCGCAAGACGAUGAUACUUCGAGAGUUAAAAAAUCGAAGAAAAAACAAAAGAAAAAGCCCUUGAAACAUGCAUCUAGCGAUGAGUCGGCUGAUGUGGAAAUUGCCAGUAAUUCUUCUGUAAAACCCACUGUAACGGUUCCACUGUCUGAGUCUCCCAAAGAAAUAGCUCAUCUCCAUGAGCAUGUGCAUGAGAUUGGGGAACGUGUCGAACCGAUUGUGGAUGAUCCAACGUCGUCUGGUGUAGAUCACGAGAAACAUGUAAAGUUCUCUGUAGAAGUUGAAAUUCUCAAGGAGGUUCCUUUGUCAGAAUCACCUAAAGAAAUUGAACAUCUUCUGGAGCAUCAUGCGCACAAACCAUCUCCGCUGGCGGAAGUGGAACUACCUCCUACAGAGCAGUUGGAUGAUGAUCAUAAGCAUGUGAAGUUUGUAGAGGAGAUAUCGGUAUUACCAUCAGUGCCACUUUCAGAAUCUGUUAAGGAAUUAGAGCAAUUGCAUAGUGUCACAGAGAUCGUCGGAAAAGAGUUAGAACAACAGGAAGAAACAAUGGAAAAUCCAACAGAAGAAGACAAUAGUGAAAAGAGAGUAAAGUUUGACCGUCAGGUGGAAAUACUACCCACAGUACCGUUCUCAGAAUCAAGCAAAGAAAUAGAGAGCCGGGAAAUAGAAAUAGAGAGAGACUCUUGCAUUGCAAAGGAUGAAGAACAUAUCUCAUCGGAACUAGAAGUUAGCACUACCCGUGAAACAAACUCGUUGAAAAUUGAAGUUGUUGAGUUGGUCGGUAGUCCAAACCCGGCCGAAACGGAAGAUGAUAAACGAGUGAAGUUUGAUCCUUUGGUGGAAGUUUUACAUGAUGUACCCUUCUCAGAAUCGGUCAAGGAGACGUCAGGCAUUGGAACUGAAAAGCAAGAACAGGUGCAGCAGGAGGAAGAUUUGUCUAUGGUCGAGAGUCCUAGUGACCCAUCUCAACCAGAGCGACGCGUUUCCUUCUCUACUACUGUAGUCAAGAUAGAGCUGGAACAUGAAGAUGACGAUGAUGGAUUUGAAGUGAUAGACAUGGCGGAAGUAGAAGAAGUAGUGAACGUUUGUUCGGAGCCGUUGGAAACUCGGGAAGAAAUAACAGCCCAAGAUCAGACACCAGACAACAAUUCGAAUGCGGCGUCUGCUGUACCAAAGGCAGAUGAAAAGAAUGGUUCGAAAAAGCAAAAGAAAUCAAAGAAAAAGUCCAAUGCAAAGCACGUUAGCGUCAAAUCCGCUUCGCAGGAUGAAUCUGAACUGGAGAAUACUCUUAUCACGUCAGACGUGGAUGUAGCCGCUCAGCCUCCUAGGCCGGGUCUUCUGUACGCAGAUGUAGUCGCUCAAAAGCCAGAAAUAGACGCACAUAGUACCCUGAGAGCUCAAAUCACAGAUUAUGAUACCGAAACGGUCGUUCGGGAAGAUUACAUAGUUGUACAGGAAAUUUCUAUCACGGAGGAACCUACUUCUCGUGAAACAGAAAUUGUUCAAACCGUGCAAGCAGAACUGACACUUCCACCGGAGCCAAGUGCUUACGAACCCGCGGAAGUUAUGGAUGUUCACGUCGAAGAAAAUAUUGUUUUGCACAAAGCGCAUGAACUGUUAGAUAAUGAAGGCUUGGUGAGUCAGAUGUCUAAUAAGGACGGUACGAUAGAUCAUGUAGAAGAAAGCGAUUUGCAGUUUGUUUUGCCACCUAUCCAGACGAAUGACGAUUCGGCAGUUGAAAACAAUCAGCUGCGUAGCGUACCUUUGGAAACGAUUGCGGUUGACAGUGAUACAACAGACCAGUCAACAAAUAACGCUGAUGGACCAAUGUCCAUGCAAGGGCUCUACUGCAUUUGGCAGGAUAGAUCUUGGCUUGAUCGCUCAUUGUACCGGCAAGCCGAGGAGCGGUACGCGAUGGCAAAUGUCAAUAAUGCCAUGUGCGAAGAACUACAGCAUCCUAGCAAUGUCACCAUUGCUAGUGACGUCAACACACCACCAACAGCAACAGUAACCGCUGCCACCGCAGCCACUAACAAUGUACUAACACCAAUGCCUCACAUCCCCUGCGAAGUGUUAUCCUUGCAGCAAACUGCGCCCAUUUCGAGCGAUGUAUCCUUGGUCCCAUCCAUCCCCGUACCAGUAUCCGACUCCACAUGUAAUCUUCCCAUCCCGGUCAGUCCCCAUUCUCCUUCAUCCUUCGAUCCUUCACUAGGUUCAACGGACAGCGUAGAAUUAAGUAAACAAAAUGUGGCUGAAUGCACAGAGAGUAAACAGGCACUAGCGCAAAGUGUUGAAAGUAUUCUGGACUCGCUGAUCAGUGCGGAACUAGAGAUGAACAAUUUACCGUACGACAACGUGAACGAUCUCAUCAAGGGUCUUCAGGUCCUCAUAACGAACUUAGCUGAGUAUAAGCAACAGAAUUACGCCAUCGCGAGAUCUCUGCCGGCAAACGCAGACGGCCAUGUACGGGCAGCGGUUGAACAAAUCGACGAACGAAUCGACUUAUUACGGCAGCGAGCGGAAAAUGGCCUCGAAAAGAUUCAGCAAACUUUAAAACAACGAGAGCAUAGGAAGACGGAAAUUAGAAACUACCUCGAAUUGUUGGAGGAAAUCGAACGAUGGCUAUCAGGCACCAGCAUACACCUAAUGGAGAUGACCGAAUGCAGUACGGAGGAAGAAAUGCAACGCCGAAAAGAUGCGGAAAGUGCAGUUCUAAAAGAUUUGCGCGAAAAGGAACAAUUCCUGAAGGAGGUGUUGGAAAAGACAGCAUCAUACCUUGUGUACAGAGAUGUAACGGAUCGUACGACUGCGCUGAGAGAAAACUUGACCGUGCUGAUACGCAUCCUGCGAGAAAAAGCGUUGAUUCUGGAGAACAAUAUUCAACGGCUUACUGAGCAUUUGCAUCCCGUCGAAGCAACGAUCCUGCCACAAACGGUAGACAUCGAAAGUCAAACAAGUCCACUGGCAUCAAUCGAACCAGUACCUGUAUCGCUUGCCGUAGUACAGAGUGAAGUGCAACUUCCUGUUAAUGUGGCUACUCAAGAAUCUUCUGUCCAGACGCAAUCCGCAGCGGAACAACAUACUACCGACAAUAUAUUGAUCAUUCAAUCGGUGGUUAAUGGACGUGAAACAGUACAGAUCUCUAACGUGCCGCGCUCGAUCGGCUUAGCGGAUCAACAGCUGGAGGAAUCCGUUGUCGUAGAGGCAAGGUACACACAACCGACAGAAGGAAGUGAGUUUGACAGAUCGUCGGAGUUGUUGGUGAAGAAUAUUCCGACCCAGUUCGAGACCACUUUUACCGAACCAGACGAUACAACCACGGAGAUUGUAGUGAAUCGGGACGGAUCGAAGAGAAUUACUUUGCGAAAGGUAGUCCAGCCUGCUCAAUCCAUCGAAUCUACUACACCUGGAAAGGCAUCGAUUGUUACAUCGGUAGACAUGGCAACGCAGCAGUCGGAAUCGCGUGCAAUUACGGGUGACGAGAGUGUUGUGGUGGACGUUGAAGGAGUUGAUGUUGUGCUGGAGGAAAGUAGUAAACAGGAACGGGAUGAGGCGAUAGAAGUUAGCUCACCAUUGUUGCCCAGCGAGUCACCGAUACUGGAAGCAGCCCAGACAGUGGUUGCUGAAGUACUGGAAGAGUUGGAACAGAAGAUGCAAACGACUGAGCAGGCUGCCGAACAGCAGCCGGAAGAACCGCCACAGGUAUUCGAUUCACAUGCUCAAAUCGCACCAGUAGAGUUGAUUGCUUCUAUCGUUGAGUCACAAACUAGUACUAGUACACUAUUAGGCGCUGAUGCUGAAGUUGUUGCUGCUCCUACCGAAGCUGUUGCAAUCGAUUCCUUAAGCCUUAACGAACCACUUACAGCCGGCGGGGAAUUAAACGUACCGGAGCAAAAACCGGUAGAGUCGAUUGAAGACAUCUGGCCACCGUCGGAACAUGUGUGUGAUGUUUCAGCUACCGAAAGAUCGGUACCACUUUCACCAGUACAUAUGGAUGCGAGAGAAGUUGUUACAGAACCCGUAAAGAGCGAAGAAAGCGAAGAGGCUCAACAGAUAUGGCCGACAAGUCCGGAACGUGGUUCCGACUACAUCGAAAUAGAACCGAAUGUUUUGAAAUCUGACGUGGAAGAUGCAGAAGUAGAGAAAUUAGUCCCGAUAGUAAUGGAAGAUCAAGCAUUGGAAUAUAUCCCAGUUGAUCGUGAGCAAGAGAUAGAAGUACCUAUCGUCAUUGAAGGGCAAACUGGUGUUUCGAGUGUACCUCUUACGAGUGACGUGUCGGAGGAAAUCAUUCAACCACAAGAGGCUAUUCCCGCCCCAUUGCCCGACGCUCCUGCUUUGAUAAGUGAACCCACGUUGGAAGUGAUUGAAUCAAGCACCUUAUGUUCUGAACCGGUUGUAGAAACAACGAUUACACAAACCACCGAUACAAUUGAAGACGCAGAAAGUUGCACAACAAUAGUGGAAACAGUUUUGAUAACUAAAACUACAACCACAGAGGAAAUUAUUGAGAUUCCGGUAGAAGUAGAAUACGUCGAGUCUGUUGCGGAUGAUGAGCCGGAGGAAAAGGUAAUGAUUGAAAAGGUGACGCAUGUGACUACGAUUGUAGAGCGAGUUGUUGUAGAAGAUGAUACUGAAGAUGCUACAGGAGGUCCAACGAUUGAGGAAAUUGUUAGUGAACCGACUGCUGACACAAUGUUGGUGAAACAAGAGCCGGUGCUUGCUACUCCCAUCGAUGAUGAAAAGAAUCUACUGGUACAAGUUGCAUCGAUUGGUGAUUCGCAGACCUCUUCUCUGAAGGUGUCCAUGACGGUUGAUCCAACCGAAACAAAGAAAAUAAGUGUGAGUUUGAUCGAGGUGAAAUCAACAGAAAUUACUUCUCUCGAUGAUAACAAACAAACGGAUACCUCGGAACAGGUGGAGUUUGAAGAAAUUUCUGGAUUAAAAGCAGUUGAGGUGGAUCCAGGUUAUGAAGCUGAUAAAACGGCAACCGCCGAGGGCGAACCGGAGGAUGACGAUAAGGGCAAGAAAAAGCGCAAAAAGAAAAAGAAGGGUAAGCUCGAAAACGAGAAGGCCAGCAAUACUGACCAAAUGCCGGUAGCGGAACCAAAUGCAGCAAAGUCGGUGCACACUGAUGGUGGUUUGUCGGAGGCACAAGAAUCGGAACAACGGUUUGACUCGUAUCAAAGCUUUACAGAAGAAGAUCAACCUCAGACCAGUACGGUGAACGUUAUGGAAGAAGCCGUCGAGCCGGAGAUUGUUGAAGUUCCGAUCAACAUUCAGGAGAAAAUCGUGGUACCCACCGAGGUGAUUGAGGCGAUCUAUACGGAAGACGUACAGCAGCAAACAACGCCAACUGAGUUUAUGUCUGGACAAGAGGUUCGCGAUCCAACUGAUGUGGAGAUAGAAAAGAUCACCUCAGAACGAUUGAUGGUGCCGAUCGAUUGGGAGCAACGAUCCAUGCAGACAUCACCUGAACCAGAGAUUCAGCGUACUUCUCAACAAACCUCUCCUUUGAUGGUCGAACAGCAAGAUUCGGUAACCGAGCAAGAGACAAAAGAAAUACAAACGACAAUUGUAGAAGCAAUGGAGAUAGAAACACAGACUCUGCAACCUUUGGAGCUGGUUCAACAGGAAGCACAAACCGACGCACCGGAAGAAUCGGUAGUAGCUGUACGCGAGGUCGACACUGUCGAUACAGCAAACCAAACAGUGCCUAUUGAAACGAAGGAAACUCAACAGCAAGCCGAAAAUACCGAGGAAAUUGUGGGUCCUAUAUUGGGACAGAUUGUGAAGGAAGUGAUUGAUCCAGCAACAUUGUUCAAACGCCAAUCGGCGCAAACUAGCCCUGUACAUUUUGCUGAGCAUACUGCGUCAGAACCGAGCGUAGCCGUUGAGAAGACAGAUGAUAGCGCACAAACAAACUUCCCUGAUGUGCAGGAUGCUAAUGUUGAGACGGACGCAGUGCUUUUUGAAGAUCGUGGAAUCUCUCCGCAUGCAGAAUUAUCUGUGAUGGGAGAAGAGAACCCGUGCGUUGCGCAGCCUGUGGUAACCACUGAAUGUGCUAUGCAAACAAGUCCAAUGCACGAUGUGGUGCAGGUAGAGUCGGAGGUGUCACCAAAAUACGAAAUACAGGAUGAAAUUCUCAUACAAACUAUCGCUCAAAACGCAACAACGGUCGAGAGCGUCGAUAUGCAAACUGUGCAAGUCCCAACGACCGAAUCGGACGCCCAAACUACCCCGGUAGCGGUAACGGAGAUUACCGAAACGGUUACAAUUAGUACGCAAACGAAACCAGAGCAAUCACAUGUAAAGCCGGAUGAAGAAGCGAAGCAUACUUCCGACGAUAAGGAAAGCACCAAACGUCCGAAGUCGAAAAAAUCUAAAAAAUCGAAGGAAAAAUCAAUCCCGAUAGAAGUUGAAGUGAGUACGCAGAUGAUGGUACCUAGCUUGAGUGCCGGUGGUGUACCGGUUCCUGGCUCUGGUGGAAACGAAUCGGUAACCGUAACAAAGACGAUUGUUACUGAUGGCAAAGGACCAGAUGGACAGGGAGAUGUCAGCUUAAACAUACAGGUCGACAUUGAUCCAUCGUUUGGUACGAUUGAGGAACGAACAACUUCAUCCUCCUACGAUGAGAAGCAGCCAUUGACAACGGUCAGUUGCCCGAUCAACGAAUCGUUAGACCGGUUGCAAAAUCAAAAUUUGCAGUUGAGCUUAUCUGAUUGUUUCUCAAUCAUGAAGUCGCAGCAAAACUAUGCCGAAAACCGAGUCAUACCGUGGAACGAUAUUAAUCAAAUGUUUGACCACAUGAAACUCCCGUCACUAUCUCCAGCUACGGACGACAAUAUGCAACGGGAAAAUGAUUAUCCGAUUUUGAGAACAUCAAAUCUGCUUGAUGAAGAUGACGAAACUAUUUCAACAAACGACGAUCUGGACCAGAUGCUGCAGUUAUUACAACAGAAUGACAACGAUCCGAUCGCACAGCAACAUGUACUGUUUGAUGUGGUUGAAAAUGUGGUCAAAUCUUUGGAAGAUCUCGAUGCAGGAAUGACCGUUGCGCAAUCGAACACGACAGAUGGAGGGUCAGCCUUGCAUCGUGCGAAGCUGCUCCGGGUGUAUAAAAUUCGGUUGAUACGCAUCGAAGAACAUAUAGUUAAGAUCAUAACAUAUGUGCAACGCACCAAGACUGGUCUCAAUAAAGAGGUGGAUGAAUGCCUCAAUAAUUUGCUGCGACAGGUAAAAGCCCUCGAGCAAACGGUCGCAAAUGGGGAAUCCAAGAUCGAUAUGAAUACCGCGAAAUCGCGUAUAGUUGGUGAACAAAUACGUAGAGCGGGCGAGACGGUUGAGAUGGUGGAAAGCUCCUAUAACGACCUCGUGGCGAACGAUACCAUUGCCAUUAGCAGCAAACUUGGUCUCAUUCACAACUUACAAGAGCACUGUAAUACGGUGAUGUCUUCAUUGAAGUCGUUCGACAAUCCCGAGAUAAAGAUGGACGACAAUACAGCUGGUGAGUUGGAUAAAGCUAUUCAUGCGUUGCGCCGACUGGAGAAUGGUCUAGUGUUGGAAAGAAACAAGCUCGUACAGCUGUGCAGCCUGGCCGAUGAGUACGAGCAGACAUUGCUCGAGUUCCAGGAGAUAACAGCUACGGCAGAAGUCUUCAUUGAAAAUGAAAUCGUUACCAAUUCGCUCGAAGAGCUGCAGGAAGAAAUGCAACGAUAUCGCAAGUUUUUCGUCAAUUUGAACCACUGUAAGGCGAUACUGGAAGCGCUAGAAACCAACCUCGAUCCAUUAACGCGCCAGAAGUAUGCCGAGCUACAUUCUUCCCUUUAUAACCGUACGAAGGUAAUAUUGGAACGGGCCGUCGAUCGGGCUGGAAAGCUGGCAUUGGCAGCAUCGCGCUGGACCGUUCUAGAGAAGGAGAUGGUGGACGAAAAGCAAUGGCUUCAGGUGGCUCAACAACGUGUGCCAGACUUGAGUAACGUUUCGUCGCAGGACUUUGAGCGGUAUAUCACGAUGUACGAAUCGCUGGAACAGGACAUUGCUAAUCACUUGACAAAGAUGCGAUCCCACCACGAGAUGGCCCGGCACAUGCACGAACUGAUCUCAGCACCGAUUGUCGAGAGGGAAAGUAACGAAGCGUUGCUUGUGGCAAUGCAACUACAGGAGGAGGUAUCGCUGUAUCUGAACUUGGUGACCAAGUUUAAAGCGCAAUGGAAUAGAUACAAUACCCAUGCGGAUCGAUUGGUUGACUGGCUGGAUGUAUGCCAGGGCAAGUUAGCUAAUAUCACGAUCGAAAAGAACCUCUCCGAAACUCCAGUCGAUGAUAUGCGCACGUUCUGGGAAAUUAAGGCACAGUACGAGGUGCUCAAUAACAAAGUGUACAAAACCGCCAGCGACACGUUCGGCCAGGCACUACGUACUAUUUCUGUAACGGACGAGCAGUUGCAGCGACAACUGCACGGUCAGCUCCUAGACGACUGGAACGCAGUGUCGAACCGUAUCGACGACAUACAGCGCCACAUUGCGGAAUCGAUAAAAACUAAAGGUACACCACCGGGCGAUAAACUUGCAUUCAUCGAGCAGGAACUGCAGGAGAUUGCCCGGGAGUUCGACAGCAGCAAAGCGGUACUGAAAAGCCAGGAAGAUCUGUACGCGUACAUCGAACGGAUACAAACGCUCAAGACUCGUAUCCAACUGAUCGACACCGAGCUGGUAGGCCAGUUUGCAUUGGAUCUCGACUGUAACACUGAGAAAGCGGGUGCCGUUUUCAAAACAUCGCGCCAUCUAUCGCAACAGAUAUCGGAAGAGCUGGAUGCGGCCGAACUAUUCUACCAUCGGCUGGAAGAUAUUGAGCUUGGUAUAAAAGCACAAGAAGAACGCCUAUCGGGUAUUGCUCGUGUGUUGAACGAAUGUAGUGGCAGCGUUAACGGCAAACGAUCGGCCAUCGAAAAAGCGCUGGCAGAUUGUAAAACCAGCCAGGAUGCACUCGGACCAUGCUGGAGCGAGUUGAUGCGUCUUCGACAGAUGCUUCACACGCUACCGAUGAACCUCAAGGUUUCGGUAUCGCCCUUACAAACGGAACGGGAUUUAUCCACGCUGCAGAACGUACACAGCGAUCUUGAGCACCGAUCGAACGAAGUGAUGACGUUGUUACGGAAUCGUUUGGCACUGUGGAACAAGUUCCAUAAACAGCUCGACAUGAUUCAGGAGCACGUACAGGAAACGGAGUUUAUGAUGGAACUGUUGCAGCUGCAGGAAAGUGCUGACUACAACCGACUGUUGAAAGCAACGGAACGUUUAGAUACACUUCUCGCGGAUAUUGAAAGCAGGAAAGGCAUGAUUGAAGAUCUUGAAACAUUGGCACAACCACUGGUAGAAUCGUCGGAUGAAAGUGUUUCAGCGGAGAUCCAAGAAACAGUUCAACAGAUAAGCGUUGUGUGGGAAAGUACCCGGGAAAAUUUGCGCGAGUUGUGCGAACGUUACGAGAAGGCUGUUAAGCUUUGGCAACACUAUCACGACGUGUGCGACACCGUGAAGGACUGGGUGAAUCACGAGUACACUGACUACGAUGAGUUGCAACGUUUGGAAGAUCUGCCUCAGGUGGAAGUAUACCAGCAAGCGCUACUCGACCAGCGUCAGGAAGUGGAGAAGCUCCGUAAACUGAUCGGUGAUAUAAACGAGCAAGUUGGCUUCAACGUGGGUGAUACGCUGUUAGCGGAGAUUGACGAAUGUAGCAAGAAACUGGAAGACAUUGAGCGGAAUGUUAUGGAGCAACGGAAUAGGGUGCGUGAGCGGGAAGCAGCACGUGUGGAUAAAGCCAGUGUUGUGCAAACUUCUCGGGGUUUGUUGGAUCGCAUUCAAGAGAGCCUUCAGCAGGCCGGACAUUCACAGCGCACAGCUGAUGAAAACCUUUGCAACAAAAUUGUCGACCUUCGUUCGUACAUGCUAAGCUUGUGUGUUACAAUAGCACGCUUGAAAGACAUUCAACGCGACAGAGAGCAAGCCGAUGAUAACGGAAAUUUGCAUAACAUCCAUUCCGUAUCACAAAACCUGCUUCAGGAUACAUUCCAGCAAUAUCAAGAGCUUGUGCAGCAGCUGGUUACCCGGUCGGAAGAUGAUGAACGAUUGCUGGACUUCUGGCAAGAGUAUCUGCAAUUUGUCAUGGCAUUCUUGUCCGAACCCAUCCCCAGUGAUUACGGUCAACUGAAAGCGCACCGUGAGCAGUGUUUGCUGAUCAAGAUGCUUUUGGUUAGCUUGCGCAAAGUUCUACUGCAAAAGAACAAGAUCGAUGUGCGGCUGGUGGAGCGAUUCAACAUGCUAAGCGAACAGCAUUCCGAUCGCAUUGACCGGUACUUGGAGCGAAUCGCGGAAAUCGAUAAUCGGCUCUGGCACUGGGAAAAGUUCCGAUCACUCGGAGUUAACCUGUACGCAGCAUUGGGUGAUAUCGAGCGCGAAAAGUUUACGCUCCAGCUGGAGUACAUCAAUUUGCCCGAGCUACCGAAGUUGAUUGCAAGAGUAAAUAGAUUGUUGGAACAGUUCCCCCGGCUGGAGGGAGAUUUGAGCGCGAUGAAUCAGGAGCUGGCACAGUUGACACUGUACACCAAGGACGAGUGCACAUUGGUUGGAAUGAGAAGCGAACACGGAAAGAUUACCGAAAAAGUUGUCAAGCUGCAGGACAAUGUGGAAACGUGGAAAAACUUCCUAUUCAGUAUUGAUGAGAUGCACGGACGAUUUACCAAACAGUCGCUGGAAGUGGAAGCUCAUUUGAAUGAACUGGAGGAAUAUCUGAACCAACUUGAUGCAGAUCAGCGCAACACAUCUGAUCUGGGCGUGGAGCAUCGAUUUAGCGGUGUGCAGGCGAGACUCAACCUGAUCAAAAACCAUCACGUACGAUUAGACACGGUUCGAUCAAAUCUGGAAGGGAUGGGCCAACUUCACGAAGAACUGAAAGCAUGCAUCAGUAUGUUCGAUGUACAGCGGCUUCACAAACGUAUCUGGACAUUGUGGCAAAUCUUCGGCAAACUCGAGCAACGUGUUGUACUGCUGGUGAAACUGACCGAAGCGCGCUCACGCAAGAAGAAACUGUUCCUGGAACAUUAUCAAUUGCUAAUGGAGUGGAUGCGAGUGUACGAAUGGAAAGUGCGUGAUCCCGCCAAAUACGAAUCGUGCACCGAUAACCAAGCGUUCAUUCAAAGUAUGGAAGACACAAUGCGACAAGAGUUGGGUCUUAAACAGUGGGAGAAGGAUUGGUUGAUGGCUGUAGGCAGGGAUCUUCUGCAGCAUUGCUCGACAUCGGAAGAGUAUGAAGAAAUUACCAAGCAUCUCGAUACGCUUGAAAAGGAUUGGAGUUAUCUGUGCAGCAUGUGUGAGAGUCGCACUGAGACGUCCUCGACAGUACAGAUGAGAAUGCGUUCGCUUGAAGAACGCAUUGCCGAGAUCAAAGCAUGGAUGAAGACAAUUGAGCGCGAACUGGCAAUGCCCUUUGUAGUGGACAGUUUGGAUCAGACGACUCUAGAUCGAUUGUUGGACGAUUACGAAAAACUGCAGCGAUCGAUUGAAAGUAACAGUGGUAACGUGGCGGAGGUACUUAAUCUGUGCGAAAUAGUGGCGAUCGACGUGCAAUCUUAUAGUGUCAACAUCAACAUUCGAAGUAUCCAGAGCGAUGCGAACGAUCUGGAUAUACGAUGGAAAAGAAUGUGUCGCGUCUCGGGUAGUCGCAAACGAGAUCUCAUGGAUUUGUGGAAUACAUUGUUGAGUUUGCAGAAUGGUCUGCAGUUUCAGCAAUGGGUUUACCAACAGCAUGAGCACAAUCGUCGAUUGGAGCAGUCGAUGACUACCUGCGACGGAGAUCAGAUGGCUGAAGAGCUAGAAGGCAUAGCUAUACGGAUGCAAGAACUUGAAACGAGAGAAGAGUGUCGGGUGUGUUUGCGUAAGCAGUACAUAUCACUGGUACAGAACGAUCUCGUUUCGGGCGAAGGCAUACGCUUCGUCACGACACCAGUGCACCAAAUGUUGCUCGUCUGGAGCCGACUGCUACCGGACCUAAGCGAACUACGUAACGAUCUAGAGCGGUGCAGAUCAGAUGUGGGCAAGUUUGUAGUAAAGUAUGAACAAAUCAUUAUUGCUCUGACCCAGAUCGAUGUACAGGUGACACAGAUCGAACAUCUACCACCGGAAUCAUCAGCCGAAGGUCCAGUUUCUCCGGAGACUCACAUUCAACGUCUCCGCGAUUUGCACAGCGAACUGUUGCUCGUUGUGGAAUUGUUCGAAAACGAGGAUUCACUGGGAGCAAGUCUCAUUGAGCAACAUUCAGCAAACCAAACCCUGAAGGUGGACAUUCGACAGAAAAUGGCCGAGUAUCAUCAGCUGGGCAACGGGUUAAAGGCACGUCUUGAUGCGCUGUUAACCCGGGCUACAAAAGCUUUCGAAAUAACCCACGAAAAGGACGUAGCCGUCCAAGUGAACACAUUGCGCCUGGAACGAAGUGAAUCAAUCACCGCAAAGGACGCAUAUCGCUAUCAACUCGAGACGGCGCUGGCAGAAGCUGUCACUAAUUUGGGCAAGUUGGAGGAAGCAAUCGCGGCUAUCAAUGCAAACAACUUUGUCGGUACGACACAGAACGUAUCAAAAGCAUCGGCCGCCUGUGAAUCGUCCAUCGAGCUGAUUAAGCAUCUGAACACGCUGCUAAUCUCGGAAUGUCAUGCCACGACAGAGGAAGCAUUUAGUGCGCGUGUGAAAGAGGAAACGGAACGGUACCAGCGUUUCCUGGCGGAAUGGAAACAAAAGCAAGAACAGCUGGAGGAAUCAAGGAUCAUACCUAAUGCUUACAAUUUUAACUGCGUACACAAUGCGGAUUAUCUGACAUGUCCAUUGUGUACGAACCGGAACUGGCAGCAGAUUGACAACGAUCUAUGGCGGUUGGAGCAAUGGCUAGCAAUGGCGGAAUCGACACAACGGAACCAACUGUCAAGUCCCCCAUCGGAUAUCGAUGCACUAGAAGAUACGAUACAGGACCAUCGCGAAUUCCUGCUAGACCUCGACAGCCACAAGAGCAUUAUCAAGUCGCUGAACAUUGUAGGCGAACAUCUGGCGACACACACACGGGACACCUCUCGGGCAGCAAAGUUACGUGAACGGUUGCAGAAAAACAACCGACGUUGGGAUACGGUUUGUACUGGUGCCUCCCGGUGGCAGUCGGCACUGAACGGUGCACUGAUGGAGAACCGUGAGUUCCAUCGCACCAUUGCCGAGCUGAGCGGAUGGUUAGAACAAACAGAAAACAAGAUCAAAUCAUCCGAACCAAUCGAUUUGACUAGCGAUCAACGAUUGGUGGAAAAGAAGUACCGUAUGUUCCGGGAACUACGUGCUGACUUAAUGCGCUGUGAACCACGUGUGGUUAGUUUGCAGGAAACUACGUCGCAACUGACGAAAUACGUGGACGCUAAUAAGUCGGAGAAGUUUGAUGAGGUGUAUGCGAAAUUAACUGAUCUACGAUUGCGCUUCCACUCGAUACGCCGCCUAGUGGAGAUGUACAUCAUCAAGAUAGGUGCGUCCUUGGGAUAUGACAGUAGCACCAGUCUGGCAGAUGUUCCUUCCACCUCGUCAACGACGUCGCUUUCGACCGUUGAUCGACAACAGGCAAGACGCCGACAAGCAUCAGAUCAGCAGGAGAGCCACCAACGAGAUGGUAGCGGAUCCCAAAACCAUCCAUCACAAACGACGGCACACGAUUCCAGUACAAAUACUGGUACGGGUAUUACAGAGGCCGACGACGAUGUCAUCAACACCACGAUACUCACGCGAAGCUAUCGUUUCUUGGGUCGUGUCAUACGUGCCUCGUUGCCGAUCCAGGCGAUGCUGUUAUUGCUGCUCGGUGUGGUCACGCUCAUGCCCCACGGUGAGGAGUACUCAUGUACGCUGGCCAACAACUUUGCCCGCAGCCUGGAACCGAUGCUACGCUACCCGAACGGACCACCACCGAUCUAGCGACGGUCCAUCCAACACACCAUCACAACACAACCUUCCUAUCCUAACUCCAUUCCUUAUUCCUUCGAUACUCGCAAAAUGAGGCAAUUCUAAAGCAAUGAAAAAUCUGCCUAAGGAUAGCUCUAUCCGCACAGGAGUAUGUAAUAUUAAUAGGAAUUGUAAACUACAUAAAGUUGCUUUUUGUCUACUCGAAUGAAAUGUACCAAUUGACGCAUAUGCUGUACAGCUUUUAGGCACCGUACCGUUAAACCAAGGUAUAUUCAUUGCACAUAGCAGUUAGCUAGAUAUACUUAAAUUUGCGAUCGAAAACAACGACAACCACGAUGGUACGAACUUCUGUGCCACCAGUAAAAGAAAAAAUUCUUAAUUCCCAUUAACUCUAGCACGGUCGAUGGUCGACGUAUAAGAGAGCUGAAGUUUAUAAUCCACUAACCCUAGGUAUAUUAAAAGCAUUUUUGUUUUCAGCAUGAGUUACGUUACGAUUUAGUUUUGUUUUUCUUUGUAGGUAAGCAUUAUAGAAACGUAAUAAAAGUAUUCUAAACUAUAAACUAUA